AUGAAUGAACUGAAUGACUUUCCUGACCUGUCCACAAAUACAGCUCUGCAAGAACUGUAAGCUUAAAGCCGUAGCUCUAAGUACAUGAGGAACCUUACGAAGGCGACGGCAUUGAGAACGGCAUUACGCUUUUUUGUACAUUUCUUUGCCGUUGUUACACGACUACGACGAGAAACUUCCUAGUUUUUCGUAUGACGUGAUUACUAAACUCCAUAAAAAUUCCUCGACAUUAAACAAAUUAUAUGAAAUGGAACAAGAGUAAAUAAGUUUGAAACAGCGUGAAUUCGCUUUUCAGGUGACGUACAUUUUCGCUGCCGUUGCCGUCCUGGCUGCUUAAGCUCCCUAAAAUUAAACAACUAACUGCAACGUUUAGCCAAGAAAAUUUAAGAUUAGUCAUGGUGUUAUCUGCUGAAGCUCUAUGAAACCCUUCAACUGCUGGUUAUUAUUACUCUUUUUCAGAGAUCUGUACAACAACAAGAUUAAGCUAUGGCGUCACAACUACACAGCUUUACCAAAGAAUCUUGUUAAAAUGUAAGUCCGCGAGAGGCAGGUUGCUGAUGACUUACUGUGCAUUUAUUGUAGGAAACCUAAUAUUUAACAGAAAAAUUCCCCUUCAAACCUGUCUGGUGCUGAGGCCCGUUCAAGGGGCGCCUCUCAAAUCAAUGCUAUUCAUUCGCAGAGUGAUAACGUUGAAGGUAUAACGGGUAAAGGUAUACCAAUACCCCAUUUUAGAUAGUAAGACGUAUAAAAUGUUGUUCACGUCAGUUUGCAAGGCUUCCGUUCCUUUUCUUUGAUUGCACAUUGAUGUAUGUGAAAAUGGUUGGAAGAUUAUCAUUGCUCCUCUUUUAUUUCAAUGUCAAUCGAAAAAAACAAUCGCUGCUUGAAGCGUAGAUUAAAAGUUGAUAGGGUCGAGAACUGACUUCAAGGUCUUGGAUACUAGGAAGCCGUUUCUAGGCCAUAUUGGACAGUUAUAGUUUGCUUCUUUUUCAGAAUUCUCAUCGACAAUGAGUUGGAAUGGAUUCCUGAUAAGUGGUUUGAUCUGCCGAAUCUAAAGUACAUGUAAGAAAUUUUUAUUAUUUUUAGUUUCUACUACUAUUAUUAUCAGUAUUGGUAUUAUUAUUACUUUUUUAUCAUUAUCAUUAUUAAUUAGGUUUGCGUGUUGCAACAACUUUGUCGCCAUUAACUGACAAAAGUCCUAGUUUAUUAUAAUGAAAUUUAGUUGGUUACAAUGAUGUUUUUAGAGUUUUUCUAAUGGAGUUACCUUGCUUUUUAAUCAGAGCUUUGAGCAUGAACAAGUUAAAAACGUUCCCUGGGUCAGCUUUUAUCAACUGCAAAUCCUUGACGUACUUGUAAGUAUGAAGGCUAUUCUUGUGUGAUCAUCUUAAAAUGUAAAAGCAAAUCACUUAAACCGUUUUAGUCCCCAAGAGUGGCCAACGUCAACUUUCCCAACGUUAUCAAUAUAUUUUCAAAGGAGAGUUUAUGAGAUUUUGAAAAUGAGCAAAGGAAAUAUGCUUUAAUCUAUUGUCAGACUCCCUCAAUUAAAUUUUUAACAAAAUAUAUGGAGAUCAAUAUGAAGAAUUUGCAAGGGCAUAUAUGGGAGUCAACUUCCAUAUAAAAUUUUGUGUUCCUUCUGUUAGGGAGUAAAACACAAAAAUGUUGUUAUAUUAGCUAAGUUGAAAAUUAUUUGGUCACCGUAAGGCGGAGGGGCUGAAGGUUCGAGCACCUCUCAAUGGUGGAGGGCUUGGGCUCGAAACGUUAGCUUUUCAAUUUCUCUGUGGUGGCAAAAUUACUUAUCAAAUUAGUUGAUGAAACUUCGUGUUGGAGCAGUAUACGUAGUGCACAGGGGCCGCAAUGCAGGUUUCAGAGGCAAGGAUGGGGGAUAAUCCAAACCCGAAAGGGUUGCAUACUAAGAGGUCUGGGGGCAUACUACAUCAGAAAGAUUAUAAAAUUUAGGUAUUCUGGAAUGGCUAGAAAAGCAUUUAGAAUAUUAUGCUUUAAUAACAAUUCAGUGAUAAUAGCAGUAAUUCACUGGCAGUAAUCGGGGAUGUACUAAUGCUGGGAUUGUCCAAUGAAAUUCUUGCGUCAUAACCAUCUUUUUUCCUGUGUUUUUAGAUCCGUCGACUAUAAUAAAAUAGAAUCAAUCACUUUUCCGAACUUGAAACCAUUUUUUGGCAACGACUCUCAACUUUUGCAUCUGUAAGUACUGCUUAAAAUUUUAUUUCCUAAUUUUUCGUCUAACAAUUCCCCACUGGUGCAGCGAUCUCUGGGAUCGUUUGGGUGGACAAGUGGUAGUCAUGAUUGGUCAAUUGUAUUCAAGAAACUAUUAACCAAUCAUAACUAAGGCUUUUCCAUCCAAACGAAACUAGAAAUCGGUUCGCCGAAAACCCAUUCCCUUUACAGUUUCCGGAGUGGGGAAUUCAUUAGAGGCGCACUGCCCUAAUUGUUGAUGCGCUGAAUUUCGGAUCGACAUGUCAGGAUAGCGAGUCCUUCCAGGGUAGGUAACUGGGCAAAACGCUCUUUCACACACUCUCACUCCACGGCUGUGGGCAACCUGUGAUAAACUAGCCACCCUGUCUAUUUCCUCUCCCCUCUGGCCCAAUCGACCUCUCGACUCGAACGUACACUCUGCCUACGUUACCAUUCCUAACAAUUAUAAGAUUGCUCUUACUAUUGUCUUUAUUAUAAUGAUUGCAGAAACUUGAGCAACAACAAAAUUCACAGCAUAGCCUCAGAAGCAUUUCAGCAUUUAAUUCACUUACAAGUCUUGUAAGUACCACUUCGUGUAUGUCUAUAUAAUCGGAGUGUGUAUAUAUUUGUGUGUGUGUAAAAUAGAAAUUGUAAUCAGUCCCCCCGAUUAAUGGUGUAAUAGUAGCCCGUGUUCCGGUAUUUUGUUUUUACCAUGCUCGAUAUUGUUUUUCAUUAUGCUCGAUAUCUUUGUUGCCAGCUCCCAGUUGGCUUGCUAAAACUAAACUGAUUAUAGCGCUGAAGCGGUAUCGCAGAGGUCAGGGUUCCAAUACCAGGAAGCCUAAAUUUUUGAACUGCAGAAGAUGCGUAUUGAACUGUGACUGAUCUUCUCUGCAUGUAAAUUCUUUAUUUCAAGGUUUUUAUUGUUCUUUUUCUUUUCAAAGGGAGUUACAUGACAAUGAAAUAGAGCUGAUAGGCGCCAAGGUUUUCUACAAUAUACCUGAGUUGCUUCAUUUGUGAGUUUAGUUCCAUGAUGCUUAUAAUAAUGAUAACUAUGCUUUUCCAUGUGCAGUGUGCUUGUAUAAAGAAAUAUAAAGUCAAAGUUAAGCAAUGUUCACCCCAUCACCUUAUAGCUUUUCAUGCUGACACCAAAACCUAUCCGAUACAGUAUAAACAUAACUGGACCAAGUCUUUGACACACAUCGAACAUCGUGCCAGAGCUGUUGGCCGCAAAAAAUUGAACAAGUUGCAAGUUAUUAAAACGUAUUCGAUGUCAAGUAAGAAUUCAUGCCUAGUUUGUAUUCUGAGUAUUUUACGUAUUCCUGGCGUUUUGUUGGGCCAAUUCACUGGUGCUCUACUCUUGCCACCUACAAAGAAUGUGGUUUCCAUUUACGAAACCAAACGGUCCAAGUCAGUAAACCUUGUUGUCGUUGUUGUUUCUAGUCCUUUUCCCGGGGCAUUUGGCCGGUGAUCAAAGCUUUGAUCGAGGUUUUCGGACCGCGUAAACAUUAUUAUUACAUUGAGUAAGGACAAGUAUAUUCAUUUAUUAAAAAAAGAGCGAGGAGAUUGCUUCCUGUUUGACAACGAUUGACGUUUGGACAAUCAGCGCAAAAUCAAUUUCAGAAUCAUCCUCACAAGGACUAACAGCUCUUUUUCUCUUGAUUUCUUUUUCCAGAGAUCUUAUUGGCAACAAGCUAGAAAACAUCACAGCAGAAGGAUACAGUCCUGCGUUUCAAGACCUUCCCAAACUAAAGUGCUUGUAAGUUUCAUAUUCCUACACUCUACACAGGAAGGAUUUUUCGACGUAUGUGAACAAUCCACUGAUGUUUUUAACUGAAUUAGCCAAUUAUAUUCAAUUGUAUUCAAUUUAGAACAGACAUUCUUUUUACGAUGGGCUAUGUUGAACAGGAACUGCGUCUGACUUUAAUACAGAACUAGUGACCAUUAUACACAGCCUCUCAAAAUUUUAGCUCGAUCUGUGUGUAAUUAUGCAAUAGAACAGGAACCACUUUCCUGGUCUCUUGUAAGUACCUUUCUUUUGUUCACGAGACGGGAUAUAGGUAAAUGGCAAAUCUUACCUUUGUUUUAUCUUGCAGGGUACUUAUGUUACAAAAAACAAAAACUCGCCACGUGAUGUUCAACUCGUUUGUCAGAAUUCCACUUUUAGAAGAUUUGUAAGUACUAAUAUCUCUCCAAGCUUUGGCCCCUUUUGUUGUUGUUGUUGUUGUUGUAGUUUGAAAACGGAAAAUUUUUUUCUCCGAGUUGGCCUACUGUCCACACGUGCACGGGUGAUCCGGUGAAAACGGUCCCCGAAAAACGCAUCUUUUCAAUGACGCUCUCCAGAGUGGAGGUUUUUGAAAACACCGUUUUACUGUACUCUUGUAGAUGGAUUACGUCAUGGUGUUGGUUCAACCUCCACACUUUAAAUUACCUUACCUAAAUUUUUCAAACAAUAAGAUUGAAACAAUAAGGUUGGCACCUUUCGUAACAGACUCGUAAGCGACAUCCAAAUCUUGUCAGUUUGAGAAGCGGCGUUUUCCGAAGGUUAAACACUUUGCUAAUAAGUCGAAAAGAGAAUUCGCAGCCGGCCCAAUUUAGAAGACAUUGUCUGUUUUAUUGCCAGUCAAAAGAUUGAAAGUAAACAUUUAUAUCUUACAGGUGGUUGAACAAUAACGGAUUGAGGACUUUCCCACAUCCAUCGUUGUCCUAUGAGGAGAGGCCUGCUUUAAAAUUCCUGUAAGUGCUUCACUGAAAUCCUCGGUAACCUUAAUAGCUUGCGAGCUAGCUCUCCGAGGCACUCUAGAAGAGGGGGCGGGAAAAGGAAGAAGAGCUUGUAACUACUUUGGAAUUUCAAUUCAACCUCCAAUUCCCCUAUGGCUCCCCGUCUACUGAGUUGUCAGAUUUCCGCCAAUCGGCGCGAAACAGUAACGAGUGCGAAUGUAAACAAACAUUGAAAAACACGUGCCAAAGGUAAUGACGUUAGUAAUGUCAUCUUCGCCAAUCAGCAUUUCGCAUCGAUUUUCCCGAUGCAAAUAUUCAAAUUCCAGAGAAGUAGUUUUGCAAGGUCUCCUUCCUUUCCCGCCCCACCGCCAGAGCGCCCCGGAAAGCUUGCUCGGAGGCUAUAUGUUUAACUAUGACUCUUGAAUUAAAUGAUUGGUUAGCAUCAUUAGCAAAAACUAAUGUUUCUCCUUCAAAAGUGGCUUUUACUACGGGACAAUGUUGUGUCAUGGUAUUUCUCACAGGCAUAUCGAAAACAAUGAAAUUGAAUCGCUGAUGAGUUAUGAUAAGGGCGACUUUCCACCGGACCUAGAAAAUCUCCAUGGGUAAGUUAUGUUUUCAGAUAUUUAUAUUUCAUUUUCCUCCUUAUUCUUAUUGUUUUCUUAGAGGCCAGACUGUCAUUCAAAAAAUGAGUAUAUGAAACAUGUUAAUACAAUUUCUUUUAGUGAAUUAAAAAAGAACUACAAACCAUUCGAAAAGACGAGAAACCUCGAGAAACUGUGAGUGUUGCAGUAUAGUGCGUCUCAUAAGCUCUUUUAGCUGGUUCUUUUGCACUGAAUUUGAUGUUUGCAUAUUUUCCCAAACUAGUUUUAUCUGAAAUAUUUUAUGAUAGAUUCCUGCAUUCAAAUCGAAUCAAGGGAAUGGGAGAGGAAGAUCUUUGGAUGUUAAGCAAUCUAAAGGAGUUGUAAGUUAACGUUCAAUUUCCAUUUAUUUUUAAGGAGGAUUAUUAUUCAUUUAAAAGUUCUCUGAUUGGCUUUUAAUUCUUCAUAACCAACUGGCGCUUACCAUAUAUGGAAGAUGCGAGGAAUAUACCAUCGAUUCGAUGGUAUAUGUGUUUGGAAACGAUACGGCUUGGGCCAUAUCCAAAGACGAAAAAGCUGAAUUUCUGACUUAAUAAAUAAACUGGGGAAAAAUAUUAAAUGUAAGGAUAUAUAAAACAUAUUGCUCGAUGGAAAAAGUCUACGAGGAGGUAACCAGAAACAAUUUGAAUGAAUGAUAAAACAAUUAUUGAAUUCGGCUGUCGUGCGAUGUGAAGAAUUAUGCAAAUCUCGGAGGCUGCUAUCCACCACGGCCUUCGAUCUUGCAUAAUUCUUCACAUCCUACUUAGCCUCUUCCAAUAAUUGCUAAACAUACCAAGUCACCAAAAAUGCUUCUGUUACCUUUCAGAUUUCUCAGUGCAAACAAACUCCAGAAUUCCUCUGUCCACGCAGAGACAUUCCGGAAUCUGACAAAGCUUUCAAAGCUGUAAGUAAAUGAAAGUUGUAUCAAACGGCGUGUCAUUUCUUAUAAUAACCUUUGCAACCAUUCAUUGUAUACAUUGGAAGACCCAUCGUCUACCGAUGAUAAGGUGUUUUGCCAAAUCUUCUCUAAUUUCCAAUAGAUGGAGUUCUUUGAACCAGAAAGGGUUUGUUUUGUUUUGUUUUAUUCAGACCUUGCUGGGUAGUUCAGGGCUCGAUUCCUACCUGCUGAACCAACGCUGAGGGCUGAUAUUGUAGUCUUUUUAGAUAAGGACGAAAUAAUAGCCCGCCUCACAGCAACAAUAAUAACAAUUAUAGUAUACCAAUUUGCAAAUAUUUGAUGCUGUGGGUCGUAAUAAAAAGUUCCAACGAAAACGUUAAAAGAUCUUUUCCAGCGAGAAUCCCUAGUAUCUAAUUUUCAUAGGUUGUGGCCGGAAUUAGGUAGGGAGGUAUCUCGUAUAGGUCCUAAGUCAAGUUGGUGCUUAUACCAACUCGGCAGGCCUAUGCUCAAUAAAAUGAAAGAUGAUGGUUCCAUAUCAUUCUCAUUUACAUUUAGUGAAAACAGGUUUUUCUACAGCCCUUUGGUGCUCAGUUAUGGUUGAAAAUUGUAGCUUAUAACAUUUGAUAAUUGACCGUUGCAGGCAUCUUGACUGGAACAAAUUUCAUUAUGUUCCCAUUGCACUUCAAGGAAAAAGCAGAAUUCCAUCAGUGAGCACAUUGUAAGGACGAUACUUCUCCUAGAUUCUCCUUGUCAUCAGUUACUUCACCUAGUUGAAAAUCUCUCGUUUAUUUGAGAACACAAUGCCUCCAAAAACAAAUUGUAGAGGAGUAGCCUAGGAUCAGGGUCCUCAAUGGGUGAAAAACUAAAGCGAAAAACUUUGCUUGCCGUUUUUUUGAUUGUCAUUUUAUUUAUUUGUUUACUUCUGUUUUUUUUUUUUGUUUUUUUUUUCACGUUUCCCUCACUAUGGAGUCUGGUCCCAGGCUAGCAGAGGAGUCGAAGGGCCUUCACCCAAAUAGCAGAACGAUGUUUGUCCCAACUGGUUUCAACCUCAGUUAAUUUAUUGGUACAUGUCCUCGAUUCCCACACCACUACCCCACCCCUGUCUCCAGCUUCGCAAAGUAAAUCACUCGUGUUUUGGAAACGUGCCCAUUUAAUGGAGGCUGUAGACAAAGAAAAAUGUACAAUAAGGAACUCCAAGAUGUCUCAACGGUCUUUGUUGUAGGAUGGCACUGAAUGACGAAAUUUUUUAAAAACUCUGAUGUUUCCCUUGAUACCUCUGAGGUGGCAGCAUGACAUUUUAAACCUUCAAAUUAACCUUCAAAUCUUCUACUGGUUACUUUGGGCCAUAUUUCCCAGUAACAGAAGCUUGUUACAGCGCGGCUUUUCAGCAGUCUCAAAAUGUGUAUCGAUUUCACCAAUAACAUCGAAUCUCCAAGGCUGAUUUUCUUUAAUCGAUUAUUGCAGGUUCGUUUUCUCAUAAAUCUUAGAAAAACCGUGUUACUUCUCUCCACUUUUGUAGAGACGUGAGGGGCAAUAGCUUCACUUACAUUCUUAGGGGAACGUUUUCUGAGCUGGACAAGUUAAGAUACCUGUAAGUACAUGGGUCUCUGUUGGAUAAGUUUGCUUUUCUGAAGCCAUUUAUGUGUUCUCUUAAAUUUUUCUAAAAAUGAACGACAUUUGUGUUUCUUUGCAGUCAUAUGCCAUACAACAAAAUUGUGACAAUAGAAAAUGGUGCCUUUCAUGAAAAUAUAGAGCACAUGUAAGUCGUCAAAAAAUAUAAAGUUAAUAAUAUAGAAUGGUAACAGUACUGAGCGGAGUCGAGUUGAUUCAAUUCGGUUUGCAAUCAAACGAGUGAUUAGAUACGAGUUAGGUAAUGACUAUGACAACACGAAGUUUUGUUAACGAUUAAUCAAAAUUAAAACAAAAUUUGAGAAAGACAUUUCUGUGAGAUAACGCAAGACUUCACGAGGUAUUUUGUUAGACGUGAAACAAGACCCAGUAACAAGUACCACUGUCUUAUUAGCGAGCUUGCGCCGGUAGAAUGAAGAGGACGGCAAAAAGCUUGUGUUUGUGUCUGUGACAAACGUGACAGGAAUUUUGCCUGCGUGUUUUGUUGUGAUCUUCACUUAAUAUUAAUGUCUCUAGUCUUUUACAAAGGACCUGUUAAAAGGAGGGUUAAGUUUGGCGGAGCGCAAUUAUUUUCACGUUUGUCACACAAGGUUUGCCGUCUUCUUUCCUUUCCUGUCCUGUUGCGUAAAUUCAGUAUUACGUUCCGGACGACGGCGACGGCAGCGAAAACGUCUGAGUCGAACCCGCUUAAAGUGCUAAGUGUUGGUGAAUUUUCCUGGAGUUGAAUUCUUGGGUCCGCAUACGAGUUUAGAAAAAGAAAGAAAGAUUCCUGUUUGCGAGUGUCUGUUCGUCCUCCACAAAACACCGCAUAAGGAAAUUUUACUUCCGGGUUGCCAGGGACGGCAAGGUAAUGUACCCAAAAAAAGGACUGAUGCUAAUGCUUUUUUUCACGUUCUCGUUGCCAUCGUCGUCAUCGUUGCUACAAAGCUCCCUUUUACUUUGGUAUGACAUGUACUGUCCCAUUCUACUGAAAUUAGAAUAGUUGAUAGCCAAUCAGAUUUGAGAAUUUUGUUAUAAUUAAAGCUUGAUAUAUCUUAAGUUAUACAGUGAAACUGGGUUGAUAAAAUUUAUCAUUAUAAAAACACUUGAAGUACUUUUCACGGUGGUAAAUAGAAAGUAACCCCUUCGCUUGAUGACUCACUGUGUUAAAGAUGUCCAUUCAAAAUUGUUCUGAAUUUAUUUUGAAAAUGACAAAAAUAAAAUGAACUAAAAUUUACGAAAAGACUUUCACCUCGUUCACGUUGAUCUUGUUUCAGCCACAUGGAGGGAAAUCGAUUCACCUUUAAGCACGAGAAUCAGUUCACGAACUUGACUAAGUUAACACAGCUGUAAGUAACAAGAAUCACAUUUUAAGAUUAAAAAGUUGUUUUGCAAUGUGGUAUGUGUACGACAGGGUCAUAUAUCGUCUGUCUUACAAACGUGUAGUGCUGGUCUCCAUCAGGUGGUUGUAUUGAUUUAACCCUGUUAACUCGGGCCCGGGCAACUUUUAAAAGAACAAAAACUUGCACGGAUCCGCCUUUCGUUUACACGGGACACGGGAACCGGACAAGGUUUUGACCCGAUCAGAAGUAGGUCAUUUUUUUUUUUAUCGGCACGGUUCCACUUUUACGCGGACUCGUGUAAACACCUGAACCGUGCGCGUUUUUGCACAUUUUGCGCGGUGAGAGUCUGGAGCCUUGUCAUGCGCCUUUGAUAAAAACAAAGCCAUUCCGAUGCUGACACUAGCAAAAAUUUGUACGGGCUCGUGAAAACAGUAGUGUAACACAGUUUGCACGGGUAAAAUUCGAUCGUUCAACAAAUUUUGUCGGGAUCCAUGUAAACGGGGUCUUACUAUACUAGCACGAAUAUUGGAAGAAGCACAUUUUGCUUAGCGCACUUGAGAGUCAUUUAAGGUAUUAUAUAUUGAGGCUUAUCGAUGCGCCAUCUUAAUUAAUUGUGCGGUAUUAUUUGUCGUUCCUUUGACGCAACACAUCGUUCCCUUUUAGAGGUUUAAGGAGAAAUCAGAUACGAACUAUUCCUGAUACAGCCUUCCAUGGACUUAUAAGCUUAUCAUGGCUGUAAGUAUUUCGCCGAAAAAAUUAAAGUGUAUUGUAAUGAUGGAAGCUCAUUAUAACGAAGUGAGCAUAGUCCAGAUGACUGCUAAUAGGACUGUUGUUGACAGUGUUUAACCUACGCGGUCAUCAUCUUUAGAGUCUAAAUGGUCGCAAAUUCGUCUUUUAUACAUCUCCCAUAAUACACCUUGUUCCCUAACUACUUGUGCGUAAGCAAUUUCUAAGUUAUGGUUAGGUUAUGAAAAAAUUUGGAUGAGGGCAAACAACAAAUUUUGAGACAAAAGUUUUUUCAUUAUACUGGAAUUUAAUUUUCUUUACACCAUUUACCUUUCGCAGUGACCUUGGUGAAAACAAGAUUGGGCGAAUACUGAAGAUUUCCUUUCUUGACCUUGCUAACGUGGCAACACUGUAAGUUCUCAGGAAGCUUCUCUGCGGUUCAAUCACCUUUAUUUGUUUCACUUACAACUCAAAAGAACCUUUUGACCUUUGCAUUUCAAUUCUCAGUUCUUGGUUCUGAGUUUAUUACUCUCCUAAAUUUAGUGAGACUAUGUUAGGCUAAUUCCAAGAGCCAAAAUAGAGGGACGGAAUAAUAAAUGGCUUCCGCAAGUGUUCGUUCUUAGCUUUACGUGACACUAUUUGUUACCGUUUUAAAAACCUAAAACUUCUCUUCGUGGUAAUCGAAUUUCAAAAAAAGAAACGGCCAAUUAAGUUAUUUAAAACUACAUCAAGACAGUAAACCUGUUUCCUGUCAUCUGUGGCAACGGUUGGUAAGGAUGGACACGGAUUGAAACUUGAAAAAGUUGUUUUUAACUUUUUUAAGUUUUUAUGCUAUACCUACAGAAAAAAAAAAUUAUAUUAUAUGGUUAGUGCUCCCUGAUGAAUAUGUCUGAUAUCCUUUUCAUCUUUCUAACUGAGCAUUUUUUGAUGGGUAAAAGCACGAAGUAAUGUCUUCAACACAGAAUUGACCUAAAGCAAAAAUGUCCUAGUGCCUGUUUCAAUAGAUCAAAACAUGAAGUCGUCGUAUUGAAGCCAAUGUAAACCAUUAGAUGGAAAAAAGCGGCAGCCCAGUUUCUGCUGUCCCAAGUUGUACAGCAGACAAUGUGUCAGUGAUUUCCCUGAACCACUCAAUAGCCCAGCGCAUUGAUUCUUCGGCGUAAUUAUUUCAAGAUCAAACACAAAUCGCUCUAAAAAAAAUGAGUACAAAUUAAAAAGCAUAGCAAUUUUUGUUAGUUAGUCAUUUGGUUAUGGUUCACAAUUUUCUGCCUUGGCAUUGACAAUUCAAGGCGACCCAUUUUUUAGCAUGUUCAUUUAUACUGUAUUACAGAAAUUUAGAUAACAAUGAGAUUGCGUUUAUUGAAGAUGGAACGUUUGCCGGAGUUCAACGUUUUGGUAAUUUGUAAGUGCCCUGAAUUUUCAUUAUGAGUAAAUAUAUGCCCUUUACAAUCAUAAUAAACAAACUAAUCAGUUAAUAAAUCAAUAAAUAAACAAAUAGAUAAUGAUCUUGUUAUAUACUCCUAAUCGAAUAGCAAUUUGAAAUGUUUUAGUUUUGAGGAGAGGGAAAAACCGCAUAACUCAGAGAAAUUUCUCUUGAAGCACAGAGGUGAACCAACAACAAACUCCAUGUUGCUAUCUAGAAUUAUACUUUUAAAAAAAAAUUAAGAGAUUUAUGGGACAAAAACAAGGAUCAUUUGGGAACUUUUGUAAGCGACCGCUAGACCUAAGGGCAUGGAAAAAUUGGUAAAUUUCAUGGAAAAAAUCGUGGGACGUCAUCAUUGAUUUUGAAGAGCUCAAAAGAAUACGAACCCUGUUAAGUAAGUUUUCCCUGCUAAGAUUUCGCUUGUUUUUGAUCGUUAAUACCCAGUUUGGGUCUCCAAUAAUGCUCAAUUUGCGGCUAAUACCAGCUUGUUUGUUAUGCAAUUAGGAAACUGCAAUACAACCAGCUUACGUCUCUACCGAACGGUGGCGAUUUCAGAAACAAGCAAAUGAAUACCAUGUGAGUAAGAUGUAUUUCAGGUCAUACUUGUAACCAAGUAAAUUCUGCUAAAAUUUCCUUAGAUAAAAAAAAAACAACAACAACAACAUCUGUUUAUAUAACUUGCUAUAAAUGUUUUCUAGGCCGUGUCAAAAUAGCAAUUUUAAUGUUUUUUUCUGUCAGAAACUUUUCGAAUAACAGAUUAACAUCGAUUGCCAAUGGAACUUUUGUCAAUGUGAGGUGUGUCUCGGGUGGAUGCGGGCCUUACGAUAAAGGGACAAUAUGGUAAGUGCAUAGUAUUCAAUACAUUUAUUUCUCUUAGUUUGAAAUUAAAGCCUCUUUUUCAAUUACCUUUUAAACCCUAAUAUCUAAAUUCAGAUUCUCAUUUGUUGUCCCCAUACAUUUCCUAUAGAAGUAGAGGGGAGAAUUCAUUGAAGUUAAGAAUUUGUUCAUGCUUAGCGUGCGUAUAUCGAGUUAUGGAUGCACGCGGGAAGUUUGGAGAGCACGAAAGAUGCGUAAAGAGUUGCACGAGGCGAUAGCCGAGUGCAACUCUAGCUUCUUGAGUGCUCUCCAAACUUCCCAAGUGCAUCCAUAACUCGAUAUACGCACAGCUAAAAGCAUGAGCAAAUUCUUUUAUAACAUAGCUCACAAAAAUGCUUGCUUUUUGAUUAACUGCAAAAUUCUCGUAACGCGCUACACAAUAACAAACGGUUCUAUUGGCUGAUUACGAACACGCCACAAUCGUCAAGUUUAAAUGAAAAUAUUCUUUCUGUAAAACUGAGAAAGAAAGUUUGCCUCUUUAUUCGUUAACGAUCAAUGGAAACUAAACAGAAACAAUGGUAAAAGAGUCUUAAAGUUCACCUAAAGUUAAAGUACUAACAUGUUCGUAAGAAGUAUGUAGAGUAUGGUUUGGAUUUGCUGAAAAGAUGUUUACGUUUUGCUCGGCGAAAUCCAGAAACUGAACAUGUUUUUAGCGAAGACGACUGUCAUCCUUCUUUAAACUUAUAUUCAUUUGCGAACAUUGGCUGAUCAUUACGGCUUCUUGAGAAGACCUGGCAGCAGUUGUUUUUGUGAGUAAUAAAUUUAUAUCUUCUUGUGUAAUUUGUGUUGUUAUUGCGAGAGAAAUUUUCCUGCUUCAGUCGGAUUGUCCGGAGAUAACAAAGUGCAUAACACAUUUGAAAACAACAAUAAAAACGGAAAUUUUACCUUUAAAUGUUGUUGAUGACCAGUUGGUGUCUGUUCUGUUCCCAGUGAAUGUCUUUCGGCCAAAAUUCGCUGCAGCUGGUCUUCCGACAAAUUUGCGAAACGCGCAACUUGCGAGUUUUUUUUAAUUCGGUUUUAAUUUUGCUUCUUGUUGGACCAGGACCUAAAUGGUCAAUGCCGAUAGAAAAAUUGGGCAGUUCUGCGUUGGUUUCUUCCAUAUUUUAAAGAGAAGGAAAACUGCACUGCAGCUUCACAGACGACAACUUUGCAGCCAGGUAAAAAAAAAUGCUCACGUCAUCUUAUUUACGCACGGGCGUGCGUAAAUAAAGAUUUUGUUCAUAGCGGCUCAAUAGGACUUCAAAAGGGCAAGCACGCGCGCUAUGUUAUAAUAUCAGUUAGCUUCAUCUUGUGUGAUCAUGUGCUUUAUUCUCAUCACCAGUUUGAUUUGUAAAGCAUUAAUAUUACAAGGAGAAAUUUGAUGACUACUCUUAGGGCUUAAAGGGUUAAAACAUUGUUAUAACGCUGACAGGCCACGAGGCGCGCCACCAAAAAAAAGGCCAAAUUUUCUCUUCCCGACCAUAUCGCCUGAGCUGGCGGUAGUUAAACUUAGUGGUCCUAAUCAGUCAUUUUAUCACAAUACGCCUUAGAGAACUUCCAUAAACGUUUUAGUUAUUGAUCAUGCCUUUUAUUUCCGGCGUAAGGCACUCUUUUCCGCGAAAGUAGGAUCUCCACCAUGUCUACGAGCGCGUCCGAAGUAUAAGAUAUCAAAAAGGAAAACUAAACGUUAUUAAAAGGCAAAAAAUAUGUAUCAUUUUUAGGUGUGAAAGUUUUUUCUGACUGGUUUAUAGAAUUUAAAAGAUAUUCAUAAUUCGCGCCAAAACCGUUCCAAAAAUAAUCUGGUCCGUGGAAACGCCGUAACACGAGCGCAUGGAAGUUGCUCGCUCCUGGUUAUGGGCUCCUGCUAUCUGAUGACAAAAAAGGUUUUUUCUUUCUUAUAUUGCAUUGUUGUAGGAAGUUUGAAAACAAUGAGAUAGUAUCAAUAGACGGAGGCGCCUUUAGGGGAUUUGAUGGCCAUCGGUGUACACUGUGAGUAUAGAGACAAUUGAACAAUAGCCCACGUUAACGUACAACAUAUUAAAAUUCUAACAUGACCCCGAGGCUUCCUAGUCAUUUUUCCAUAUUUGGUUCGGUUUUCUUUGUGUUCAAGUCCCUUCUGGGAAUUUCGAGACAAUGGAGUCGUGAAAAAUUUGCAAUUCUGUCCCUAAAGCCUCGAAGUCAUGUUAGAAUUUUAAUAGGGAGCUUACGAAACAGCGUUUUUGAGCGACGGACGUCAACCGGAGGCGGACUUUUUGCAUCAUUGGGCAGUGGCUUGGUUGAAACUCUCGGGUAAAUCGUCGUUAUAAGAGAAAAGAAACUUACCAGUACUAAUUCGUUAGCGUCAAGGUAGAAGGCCUUACUUCCGUUUGAUGGGCGUCGCUCAAAAACGUCGCUGCUUAAGCUCCCUAAUACUCAAUGUCGAACGUGGGCUAUUGCCAAAAGGAUCAUCAGUACAGUAAAAACCCAUGACUACGAACCUGCAUUUUCCAGAGUUAGCCUAAACAGGUUCUUACAUAAAUGGUAAUUAGCACAAAUUAUAGGCUAUUUAGAUUCUUAAAUAGGCUCUUCUCUUGAAAGGGCGGAAAACCACUGGCAGCUCUUUCACUGCUGUUAUUCGGACUAUAAAGAACCCACACCUUUGCUCGUAAAGAGUAGGAUAUUUAGGGCGCGGUUGUGUUGCUAACCGUAAACGUGUGUAUAUCUAUGUGUGGUCAAAAUCAGCUUUCAAUCUGGCCCCAGUUGUUCGAAAGGUGGUUAGCGCUAUCCGCUGGAUAAAUCGCUAUCCCGUAGGUACCACAUUGGGCCACGUAGCAGCUGCUCGGAAGAGAAGUCACUAAUGGUGCGUUUCCUUGACCCGAGAUUUAUUAGAUUUUCUUAUAAACUUGCACACAGCUUACUAUAAUUAAUCGUUACCAUUUGAAACGUAUUUGACCUAAUUUUAACAGACGGGUUGUUAGAUAAUCAAAAAUAUAAUUGUACUGUAAUUAUUAAAUGUACCACAAAAUAGUCUGUUCAACUUCCCUUUUAAAGUUCUCAUUAUUGAAAAUACGACUAAAGUAAAAAUUCUGCUAAACAUCACAAAAUUUUAAUGGGUAGAUUUUGAGAAAUCGUCUUCUGUGUACAUUGCUUUUUUCGCCGCCAUGUUUGUUUGUCUAGUUCAAAACACGCGACGUCUCGCUAGUUACCGCUGACCGCCCGCAAAACUGUGUUCAGCCACCUUAAAUGUUUAUUUUGUGUUUUUUCCGCAAGGCAAUUUGGAGGAACCGACAUGAACUUGCUGCGGAAUAUUGGUAGUGGUGCCUUCGACGAUGUAAAAGCCUGUCAGAUGUAAGUAAUGAAGAAAGUGAGACAAAUACCCAAAGUUUUGCUUUUAAUGAGUAGGUGAUAUUCGCUUGUUGCUCUUUACAUACUCAGCGACCUUAAGAACUUGAAACUGACGAAGAUAGCACCAGAGUCUUUCAGAGAUGUCUUCGUUUCCAACGAUAUGUGAGUAAAGCUUCCUUCCUUAUUUCGGUAAUAUGGAUUCCAUUAAUGCCUGAACCGCCUGCAGCUCUUAGUGGGGGGGGGGGGGGGGGAGGAGGAGCAGAGUUUUUUCGUAGGCUAAUGACAAAGUGUUUCGCGAGAAAACAGAGUUUGAGACCAAACGUUAAUCGUCUUCUCAUUUCCUUUUGUUCCUAGUUAGGUUUGUUUGUUGGUUAGUCUUUAUUUGUUUACUUCAUUGUUUGAUUGUUUGCUUCUUUUUAAAGCGAGCUUCAAGAAAACAAAAUACAAACAAUUGAGGAAAAUGCUUUUCUAAGGAUCAACACGAGGCAUCUGUAAGUAUUAGUAGAACUGAAACAUGGUUGAUAUAACCUCCUGCAAAAAAAUGAAUUGUGUAAUCCUUGCAGAAUGCUCUUAAUUUCCGACUAAAUGAAAUUUAUUAAGCAGUACUGGUCGAUAGCUACUAAAGAAGAAGGAUGGUCAAAGGCAAACGAAAGACCACUACUAUGGCGGUGCAUUUUUUUCUCUUUUUUUCUGGAGGCGAUAUUCCGAAAAGCUAGCAGGAAUUGGACCGUUCAAAACUGUAGCGUUACUGUCAAAAUCGACUUCACCAGUGUUUCUAGUCUACACUGAAUGUAUUCAUAUGACAGUGUAGACAAUACUAAAUUGCAUUCAUAUUUAUAGAGAUGACGUCUAUAAAUGUUGAAAAUUUUGCAGUAAAACUACUCACCUGAGGCUCUCGAUUACGCUUGAGUUCCAGACAUUUUGACACCUUUUCAGUUAUCUGUAGCUAGGCUAGGGUGUGGAAAUUGAAAAAUUGUAGUCAAGUUUUAUCUUCAUCGUACACUUUUCUCCUCUUUCGGACACUUUCAUUUGGGGCAUACAACGAGCAGAUUAUUUUUAAGAAAGUGUACCAUUCGCUACUCAGUUCAGCAGGAGUCUGGAGCCGAAAUGUGUCCCGCAAUUGUUUUGGGGAUUGUUAAUGGGGACGCCCAGCUAUUUGCCUAUUUUUUCCCCUGUCACCAGCAACAGAAGCAGAAGCCUUUGCGAACGUAAGCUUGGCCAAGAUUCCUUCUCGCUUUUAAGCAGACGAAUUGUGCGUUACUCCAACCCGCAAAUUUUAAAGUGAUUUUUAGUUGUGUUUGACAUAACAGAAAACUUUAUGGUAAUGCUAUCCAGGCCAUCACGGUCAAGGUGUUUGGGGACAGUGGAUCGACAAUACGAGGACAGCUGUAAGAAUGAGAUACGUUCAUACUUUAUCUUUUUAACUGACACAGUAGAAUAUUCAAUAUUACAUCAGAAUAGGAAAGUGCAGUCGAGCUUCUCCAUAACGGCCAUGUUGGGGAGAGACGAAAGUGGCCGUUGUAGAGAGGUGGCGGUUACGGGGACGCAGGGGUGUAAUGUGACGCAUUUUUUUAGGGAGCACAUAAUGCUUACUGUCUCCCAUAAUGGUAAUAAUCCAAUCGUAAAUGAUAUAAUUGUAUAGAUGAAAUAGGCAGAAGGCUUGAAUUAUGUUUUGAAUCAAAAUGUUAACAAGAAAACGAGUCAGAAAUGUUCGCAACAUUCGCUCUCAGUAUCGUAGACAAUUUAUGCUUACUGCAGCAGUAUAAAUGAAACAAAAUCAACAUAUAUACUUGCCGAUAAACAGGCAAUUGAAGAUGAACUUUUCAUCGACGGAGGUAAGCAUGUUAUAGCUUGUUUUUAAACUAGAAACUAUUUUGAAUGAAUGAUAUAUAUAUAAAACAGUAUUUCGUAUCAUCUGACGAAUUGUGGAGAUCGCGGAAGGGUGUUAACACCCCCCUUGAUCUCAUAAUUUUUCAGAUGAUACUCAUUAUCAUUAGUAGUAGUAGUAGUAGUAGUAGUAGUCGUCGUCGCCGUCGUCGUCGUCUGUAGUAGUAUGUGACAAAGCAGUCCUAAGUGUCCACACGAAGAGUAUUCAAAUCGCUUUCGUCUUCUAAUACGAUGGUAUGGGCAUGAGCUGUAUAUUAUGUAUCACAUGUACGAUUCUCUGAUUCAAUGGCCACUGGUGUUUCAAUGUCUCUUUUAGGGAUCUUGCAAACAAUCAAAUUCAAAGCCUGGAGGAUGAUUCACUUAAAGGCGUUACAGUUAAUGGACAGAUGUAAGAUUUUGUUCAAAAUAAGCAAAAUUAGUGCCUUCAGCGUACAAUUGAUACGAUAGAUAAUUUUCUGGUUUUGAACGAAAUAUUUACAAUACUACCUUUCUUUUUGCUUGCAGAAAACUUCGAGACAACAAACUAGUUUUAUUCCCUGCCAAAGCCCUGGAAAGGCAAAACCCAAAUAUCUUGUAAGAAGCAAUAGUUAACUAAUCAUGAUAAGGAGAAACGCCAGCUUGUUGAAUCACUUAGACCGUGCCCGGCUGUGGACGGAGAGGGCCCUUGUCGAGUCUAUUAGGCGGAUCGAAGCAAAACUGAUUCGUGAAAGCCUGUCUUCAUGGCCUUUUCUGCUGUCCCAGGAUGAAAAUGCGAACUGAACGGAUGAAACAUAAUAACUACGUAUUCUAUAAAGUAAAAACCCGCGACUAGGAACCUGGUUUUUAAGAACCUGUUACGCUAAAAUUUGCCAGUUAGGCUCCAUCUAUAAAAGAACCGGUUUAGCCUAAAAUUUGAAAAAGGUUCUUAUUUUCUAAAGUCAAAAUAAAAAACUUCUGUACACUUGGGAAAAUAAUAGAAAUCAACAUCCAGAAUCCUCUUUGGAGACAUAGAUGUAGUUGUCUUUUUUUAUCACUCCAAGUGCAAUGCAAUGGUAUGCAGAUUUUAUAAAAGGAAUAAGCUGAAUAUACCAUUUAAUACUGUUAGCUUCAAUGUACUUUUUUCUGCAGAAAAUAAGAACCUAUUUAAGAACCUACAUAGCCUAAAUUUAUGCUAAUUACCAUUUAUGUAAGAACCUGUCUAGGCAUAGUUAUUGGAGGAGACUGGUUAUGAAAAGCGGUAAACAUCAAUGAUAAAAACAACAGUGCUGCAGUUUAUGUUGGAAGCACCCUGAAAGUGCACAAUCCUUUGUUUUCUGUUGGCAAAUUGUUACGGAAUAAAUUAAUGCAACGUUUUUAUUGGUCAAUACAAUCAAAAUGAUAGGAAUUCUUUUGAACGUUGUGCACUUUCAGGUCCACAAAAACAUAUAACAAAGGAGUCUGACGGUUUCAUAACAAUUCCACUCAAUUAACUAUGGUCUAGGCUAACUUGCGAAAUGCAGGUCCCUAUAGUCGGGGGUUUUUACUGUUAGUACUGCCUGUUUUUCAUCCGUUUAUAUAUGGCUCCCAUGACUCUAACAUGAAUCCUAGUUAGACCUACUGGAUUUUACGAAAUUUUUAUUAACGUUCAAAUUCUUUUUUCAGAGAAUUACGCAAUAAUGAAAUUCCCUCAAUACCAAGUGGCUGGCUAGACUCCUUUACGAAUCUCAGGACAUUGUAAGUUUCGUUUAAUAAUAUUAAAAUUUUUUAACAACUUCUUUUAAUUAAUUCUUCUGGUUAUUUAUUCAUACGUAUUUAAGAAUUUCUUUUUGCACGCCAAUAAACGGCAUAUUUUUGUGUUUCAGGUAUCUUCAGAAUAAUCGCAUUACGUUUUUAGGAGCCAACUUAUUUAGAAAGCUUACACUCCUUCAUACUUUGUAAGUUUGCUCAUUUACUAAUUAAACACAAAAACACGAAACAUCUCGGAACACCUAGAAAUAAGUUAAUAAAUAUAAAAAAUACAGAAAGAACAUAAACGUCGAUCGGAAGUCGAAAACGCUCUUGCUCCAGCGCUGCGCUUUGCGUGACUUUCACGUGAUAGAAGGUCAAAAGGCCCUUGAUCAGAUUGCAAGCGAUAAAAGGUACAAACGCACGUGAUCAGUUGCGUUCUUUGCAUUCCAUUCAUUCUUAGUGGAAAUCCAAACAAAUGCUGGCUACAUACGUACCAAGCCUGCGUAAUAGCAAGCUAGAGAUUAGGCCUGCGGGCUCCUCUGGUCGCCUGCAAUGUCUUCUUUUCUUCUUUUCUUAUUUUUUUCUUCACCCUUAUUUAAUUUUGUUAGUGGUUUGCGUCCUUUUGUUUGGAUUAUUUGGUGUUAUUUUGGGACUUUCUUUGACCCAUCAUCUUUAAGAGCUCUUUUUGUUUUACUUCAUUCGUGUUUUGACGAAUGACAGAGAUCUAAACUACAACAGAAUCAGUGUUAUUGAACCCGGGGCCUUCAAUGGACUAGUGAGGCUAAUUGGAUUGUAAGUAUAGAGCUAAAUUUUCUAUCUAAGACAAGUAAAAAGUUAAGCUUUUCUCUGAAGUAGCUGAUCAUAUAAAAAGGUGAUAAUAGUUAUAGGGUUGCAACAGGAUCGGGUUUCUUAACCACUUUUACCUCUCUUCAUUUGAUGAAUAAGAAAUGAGGCCCAGUUCACAGGUGGUGCUUCUGCCGUGCCGAACUCAAUAAUACAAUUGAGUUCAACAGGAGCAAGAGAGAGGUACGAUUUUGAUUCAGAGGCGUUGUACCAGAGUCGAACUUGAAAAUACACAUUUUUGAAAUAUUUAUGAAUUUAGUUCACACGGUAUAAGCGCGACGUUUGAAUCACUGCUGUGCCAGAGUCGCCUGCCGAACCAAAUUGAAAACUUUGAUUCAGACGUCGUGUUUCUACCAUGCUUUUGUCGAACUUGAUUUAAGAAUUACGUCAGCAGGGCAGAAGCACAACGUCUGAACUGUCCCAUACUGUUAACAAUUUAUCUUUCACAAGAGAUUACUCACACUUCUAUCAUGUGAAAAAAAGAAUGAUCACGUCAAAAAAGAGGCAGCGGUUAAUAAUAGGCCAUAGUGCGGAUAAAAUUUUUUUUACCGUAUCUUUUACACCGAAGUCGCAUUUAAAUAAGAGAUAAAGGAGUACUCAAAAUAGAGCAAAAUGUGAAAUCGAGUAAAAGAAACUAAAGUCUGGCUAUGCAAUGCGGUUAUUAGAAACCCGUUUUCAACUAGUUAGAAAUUAGAAACUUUCAGUUUCAAGUGUCCUGUUUAGGUUAUCAGCCAUUUCUGUGAAAUGCAUAUAGUGUAGUAAUUAUGUGUUUUGUUUUACUCAAUUAUUACAGGUACUUGUAUGGUAAUCAAAUAGUGUUCUUACCAACUUUUCCCAAACUGGGCCUUCUUCGUGCACUGUAAGUAUUCUCAGAAAUCGUAAGAAUAAAUUUGUAUGUAAUAAUAUCAUCUCAGUAUCAGGAUUCUAUUUAAUAGCUUCGUUAUCCAUAUUGCCUCCUCUCCAGAUGGGUUCAAACGAAUAGAAUAGAGAAUCUUGGAAAAGACUGCUUUAAUGAGCUCCCCAGUUUAGUAGACCUGUAAGUGCAUAUUUUGCUUUAAUUUAUAUAAAAGAGUAAGUUAUUUUUUGCAUGAACUAUUUCUGUCGUUUUACCAUUUCGUACAGAGGUCAAAAAUUCUAACACGGUUAGCAAGAAUCACAGUCAGGCUUAAAAGUUGGUGAGAAUGAUACAGCAGUGAAAAAGUCAGUCUUCAAUGAUAAUGAACAAAUGGCUUAUACGACGAAACCUGAGCAAAAGUUUAACCUUUCAAGAGCUGCAUCUCAUUCUGGUUUCAUGAAGUCGGUAAAGAGGAAAGUAGCUGAUAUUUGAAUUUAAGAAACAUAUAUCGCGCAAUCACUGUGGUAAAGCUUUUUAGGCCAAACUCUUUACUGUAAGAAGUGUUUGUGUUUUGUCUUUAUCGAGCUUGGCUUUAGAGCCACUGUCGGUUUUGCGCAUGUAUUGCGGCAUGCCUUCUAAAAUUACGUAGAUCUUCGUGUAUUUUUUUAUUUAGUUUUAUUUUUUCUUUAAUUGUCGUUUGUUUUUACAGCAAUCUUGCAGGAAAUCAAUGGGCCUGUGAUUGUAAUGUUUACAACUCCGUCGUUGCGGCAAUGAAAGCUUUGCACGAGACCCGAGCCGCUGUCUGUAGUACGCCCUCACAAGUAGAUGGGGUUAGAUUCUAUCCUGGAGGCUCUUACGAGACGGUUUACCGCCAGAACUUUCUCUGCAGUAAGAAAAGAUAUAUAUUCAAUAAAUUUUAAGUCAAUAGAAGUAGAUGUAAAUCGAAUCUUAGGCAAAUACCCACUUACACCAAAUCAGUUUCUUUGAAAAUAAAACUUUUGAAAGUAACGGCCUGCCGAAAGUUAAGUUUUGCUUCUCUUCAACUCCCGAACCUUAGAACGUUUUGUAAUCUCUACGGUGCAUUUUAUUUCUUUAGGCUAACUUCUCCCACUUUUUAUUUUAAGUGAUCUGAUGUAGUUGUCUGUUUUAAUUGUUUCUACAUGGCAACCCAUAAAGCCACUGCCUUCGAUAAAUCUAAUUUUCGGCAAAUCGCAAAAUCAAGUAGCUCACAGAUUAUGAAUUUAAAUUAUUUCAGACCCUGUCAAUGUCUCGGCAUCGACCCCAGGUGAUUUUCAGCUAAAUGUCACGUGGGACAGACCUAGCGAACUUCACUCGUUCAUCAACUUCACGACGAACACCACACUAAUCAGUACAUGGAACGCUGUAAAGGUGAACAAAUCUAUCUUCAAAUUCAUCAUCCAAUAACGUCGGAGCGCUUUUAAGGAAGUGACAAAAAUUACAUGAUAGCGGAGCUCCACGCGCGCGUGAAGCGCUCGCGAGCUGAGCCCCGUACCUAAGAAAAUUUGGUAAUCUGUUCAUCCGAGAAAUUUUGGUAAUUACGUGACCGUACGUCCGCCCGUCCGACCACACCACAGGGAAACCAAUAUAAAAUGUCAAACAUUAUAGCUAGUGUGGGAACCUGUAGCCUGUGGUUAACUUGAUGACAGACAUCGAUAUUAUGUAUUAUGUAAUUUCCGGUCAUUAUUUUACUUCAUAUAUAUUUCUGUAAAUUCGUGAUAUCUCAAUAAACCUGAUGAAUACAUGGUAUUGGCCAGUCGAAAUAUCGCAACUUAACUCUAUUUCACGUUGUUUGAUCAGUCCCUGCCAAAGUCUUCUUGACUGUAACGUUUUUAAUUUGAUCUAUUUUGACUGAUCACGAUCUUUUUGGAUCCGACGUUGAGCAAGAUUGAUCGUAUACGGUUUUUGCACGGUUUUUACCUUAACUAAACAUCGAUAUUAUGGAAAACUGACAGUUGUCAAAACAGGGUAUCCGCUGACCAGAGUCACGUGACCAUAUCAAGGUCACGUGUUUUUGAAGUUUUCCACUGACCAGUUAUUAGCUUUUAAUUGAUCGCAGGCUGAAGUUUAUGUCUUUCGGUCAUAUGGUUCUCCCCUAAAGUUGCCGUAUUUAUUCGGCUAUAAGCCGAUCUUGGCUAUAAGCCGAAACCCUAACUUCGAACUCGUAGAAUCAGCAUAACCAAGAACAAAAGAUAAAUCCAAAACGCCAGGCUAUAAGCCGAGACCUAUUCGUUACAAGUCUUUAAACUACUGUAAAACAUAACAUCUUCGAAAAAAAUGUGACCUUCUCUAGGAAAACGUACAAUUAUUGUUGUUUGGGUUAUUCGCUGCUAUCAAUCUUGCGAAUAUCAAUCUAUCAAUCGUGCAAUUGUCCUAUUGCAGUAGGGUAAUCAUGUGUUUAAGACUCGCUCUUACCAUAAGCUUGAGUUGUUUAUCAGCCACCCUGACUUCGCCUUCUCGGUCACAGUUGUUUUUCUCAGGCUGUACCCCCUGACGAUCGGGAUCGUUAACCUUGUCGUUAUUUUUUUUUUGCCGAUUUGUGCGAUAAACACCGCAGGGGAAGAAAAAACAUUACUGUUAAAAUUAUAAUUUUCUUAUUUAUGCCUAAACAUCUCCCAAACUUUUGUUUGUAUUUUUUAAAUUUUAGGUUCAAAGCGUGAAUUACUCGGUCACGUGUUUAAGUGACGAUGCACCAACUUUAUCAGGUACCUCAACGACAACGUUCCUACUUUUCACCAAAGUGGAUGGUGUGAGGGCUGGGACCGACUAUACUUGUCACGUUACCAUGACAGUAUCGGCUUACAACGGAACGUACCUUGGAGGGGGUCCCUUAGGAUCACUGUGGACAAGAACAACACCAAAGAGCCAAACAGCCUCCAUUACUACUUUGGAAGGCAAAGGUUGGUAUGAGCCCUCUUGUUUUUUUGCUUUUAACAUAUGUCAUAAUCAGAUAUGCUUUGUUAUAGUCUUAUAUUUAUCAUUUCUUAGGAAAUGCUUCAUUAAUUUUCCUGAUAUGGUUUUCUUUUACUAGCUCCAGUCACAAACACCACAACCAACAGGACAAACUACUACUUGGAAGUGACGUAUUACGAUUUCAGGUGCGAGAUCAAAGUAUUUUUGUCAGUACUGAUCAAUUAAGGGCUUGAAAAGCAGGUCCAGGCUCAUGAUUUCCUACAUAGCUUGCUUAUUUUCAUUAUCCUAAAAAUAAAAAAAUGCGGUAAUGAUCUUCCAGUUAAAUUCUCUUAAAAAUGAAAACUAUAGUCUACAUUUGUGUCUUUUAGAGCUGCUGAUGGUGACUUUGUGGGAAUUCCAAGUAACUAUCGUGAAUUGUACAACCAUCCGACCUAUAUUGCGAGUCCUUAUAUCAGCUGGCUUGCAAUUUCUUCUGUUCCAACUGGAGAUACAUUCUCUGAUUGGUUUAGAGCAGAGUCGCUACGAAACAUGCCUUACGAAGGGAAAUUGCAGUUAAAAAAGCAACUGGAGACAGAUUCCAAUGGAAAUGCAGUGUUUCGGUAUUUUAACGAGAAGUUUUUCCCUGUUGACGGCCGUGGAUUUGGAGCAGAAGGACAGAGAGACUGCUACACGAAUGCACUCAGGAAUUAUGGGUAUGUGAUUUAGUCCAAUAAACGAUUCCUUUCAUUUAAGAGCUCCUUUCCAGUGAAGAAUUCUUACAAGACACAGAAAAGUAAGUUUCGUUAGGAGAAAAAAAUCAGACAGUUUAUUUAAUUUAACGGUUUGUAUGCUAGGUGUCUUGGUGUUUGGGACCAAGUUAGAUUAGGGAUGGCAAUAUUUACCCAAAACAUUACUUACAUAUCAGUCGAUGUUUGAUCAAGUUUCCACACUAACUUUUUUGGAAAUACAAUGAAAAAUUCUUUUACAAUGAAACGGAAGUAACUCGGACAAAGUUUUCCUAAAAAUAUAUCUACGGUUAUUUUAAAAACGUUUAACUAUUCGUAUAGUUUCAAAACAUAAAGAGUACUAAAUUGCUGCAAACAGCCUGAAUUUAUAUUCUCUUUUUAGGUUCACUGCCGCAAUUCGCACGUCGUUCAACUUUUCUGGUCAGGAAAACAUGGCUUUUUCAGGCGGUGAAGAGUUAUGGAUAUUCAUCAAUGGACAGUUAGCGAUACAAAUUUUUCACGAUCCUUUGAACAGUACAAUUCCAUGUGCGACAAUUGACUUAUCUCCUGCCGUUAAAGGUGUGUAGUCCUUAGGGCAGGACUUGCAACCGCUGCUCAUCACUCCUAAAGAGGCGGCUGUCUUCCAGUAUUCGCAGGCCUAGUUAUUAGGAAGCUAAAGUAACGACGACGGCGACUGCAACGAGAACAAAAAUCAAUAAGAUAAGAUAAGCAAAUUAACGACUUUGCACGAACAUUAUUUCUUUGUCGUCUUUAAUACUUGACUUCGACGAAACAUUUUCUGGAUUUACGUUUUAAGGAGGACGUGAACACAAAACAAUGACUUUCUUUUCCUUUUCCUGAACUUCGAUACAGUCUUUUAGGAUUCAACUCCAAAAAACUAUGCGUACAUUUGACGAAAUCAACGAGAUGGAAUAAGCGCGAUUAACUUUGAGGUAGCGCGACUUCACUUUUGAAGUAGGGACUUUGCGAUCCUACGCCGCGACGACAACGAGAACAUCAAAACAAGAAUAGGUUUAGUAGGCAAAGCAACAAUUUUGCACGUGCAUCUUGCUUUUUUGAACAUUUCUUUGCCGUUUUUGCACGACUACGACGUGAAAUUGCCGAAUUUUACUUUUUAGAGAGGACGUAAACAAGCGACGACGAAAUUUUAUUCUCUUUCUCAACUUGAAUGUGGUUCUUAAAAAUUCAACUCCGGGAGGGUUCACCUACAUUUGACAAAGUAGGUGAGUUGGAGUAAUCGCGAUAAAGACUGAAAGAACGCAAAUUCAUUUUUGAAGCGACCUUUUCGCUGCCGUCGCGUCGUCCGAUCGUUAAGUCCCUAAUGACAUUUUUGUUGCCGUCGUCGUCCUUGUUGCUUAAGCUCCCUAUUGACCUUUUAAAGCGGCGCUUAACGCUGCGCGGGUCGGUGUUCUGUCGAAUUGCACUAUGGGACUGUUUUGAACAACUAAUGUUGAUCCGGUUGCCUGCGCAAUGAUGAACAGGAAUCUUCAGAUUCUACGACGAUGACGUUUACAAGGACGAGAUUUUCUCAGUACUAAGUAUUACGCGCGCGCAUGAAUAAGCGUCAUUUUGGCGGUAAAACUUGAUGGCCGUCGUCAUUCUACUGCGGAUUUCAGCGAGAAUGUCAUAGUGGCAGAAACAAGUUAUCAAAUGUUGAUGUUAACUGUUGGCGAGAGGGCUUAACCUCCUUGAACAAAAAUAACCGUGUUGACUUUUCUGAUGGAAAAAAAGUACGUUAAAGCUUUCCGGAAUGUAUAUUUUUGAGCAUAGGUGAAAAAAAAACUGAACUUAAAUGUCGUCCUCGUAGCCGUCCUGGUCUUAUAAUCUAAAGGACUCCAUUAACUUAUGAAAUAAGUGACACAACGUCCCCGAAAUAUUCCCAUACACAAUUCUAUACAACAAUGGCCCAUUAUUACCCUCAAAUUUGACCAAUAACGAAAUUCGUAACGAUUAGCCCCUCUGGGUUCGUAUUACUUCGUUGUGUUAAUUCACUUCUAGUUCAGAUAAAAAGAAAAACUGUAUCUCCCACCAGUUUUUAGACAAAUCAAAGUUAAAAGAAACUAAAGCAAAACCAACUGAAUGGGUAUUCCGGAUCAUUAUUGCACUUUGUAUCAGCAACAUGUAUUUGUAUCAUUUAUGAUCGGUUCGUUUCGCGUUAGCGGCCCCUUUUUUGGAGCACAUGCCGAGAAACGACUAGGGUCUUUGGUCUAUUUAAUUAAGCCCCUUAUCAAUGGCCGCCUUAAGUCUUUGAUAAAAUUAAUUUCUCCGGUUGUUUUAAGGUGAACUUGAAAUUGUUCCCAAACACGGAGUGAUAAUUGGUGGCAAGUGUCAAGAAUCGGGAUAUCUCACAUCCCAAGCCUUCAAUAUGACGUUAAGAGUAAGUUUACCAGUCACGAAUUAAACUUAAAUAAAUAGAUUCCACUUUAAUUUUCAAAUGCAUAUCUUAAAGUGAGAAAAGAAACUGUUUUUAAAUCAGUGACCAACCACAGCUUCGAGCACAACAAAUAUGUCUCGCGAAUGGUACAUGUAGCAGAGAUGUGCAUCCAUAUCUGGGUAGUGACACGUCAUCAGUAUGGAAUUUCUGUGCUCGUUCCUCAAACGUCAUUUCGAGGCGAAACCAGUGGUGACGACGCGAAAUGUUGGUAAUUUUCUCAGAGUUUUGUUUUGCUUAUAUAAACGUUUCUUAUUGGUCAGCAACCUCAUAAAUGACUUAUGUGGGACGUAAUGUUUGAUUCUUUAUAACUGAAAAGCCUGGACCGCAUACCUUUGCAGAAAAGCUUUUCCCUGUCUCGGCUAGAAAACGCCAUUUUCACGAUAACGACAUUUGACUACAACGACUAAAAUUCAUUUCGUUUUUGCUUUCUUACUUUAAGUUGUCAGUCCUGCUGAAGUUUAAAAACAAUAGUCUAAAUUUGUGCAAGAAAACAACAAACUGAAGAACAUUCUGGUAGUUCUAGUAAAAUGACGUCACCGUGCAAUUGUACUAUUCCGUGUUUUGUCUUUCCAGGUAGGUGAGCAAUACCGUUUAGACGUAUUUAUGGCAGAGCGAUUCAAGUGUGACUCAAACCUGUUCGUCCAGACCAGCGGAGUUCAAUUCGUGAGACAAUGGGAAGAAAUGCUUCCUGUUGAUUACAUAGCUGACGUCAGUGAAAACACUACAGUUGGGUCACUGCUUCAGGUAUGACGCUAAUAUUACAAGAUCCCAGUGCCGUUUUAACUGUAAGGCCAGUCUUCUGAAAGAUGACCUGCAGUGAGAUCUUUGUUGAACUUUACCGAUUAAAUGUGUAUGUUGUAGAAAAUUAAAUUUUUAAAUAAAAUAGGGGGAUUCCAAUACACUUUAGGAGCAGAAACAAACAUUCAUGUACGCAAUGAUUUCUUAAAACACGAUAAAAAUGAUUAUAUUUCCAAAAAAAAGAAAAUCAAGCGAUGAUUUAAGUUGGCAAGGAUUCCAAAUAAAUGCUUAAAUUGUUUUAUGUCGUUACAUCUUUACCCAGGAGUUUGCAGUCUCAGAUGCAUUUUCCACAGGACCCUAUAGAGUCGAAAUUUUGUCCGGCAACGAGCAAGGAAGAUUCACCAUUAAAGACGGUGCAUAUUCCCCGCCCUCCCCUUCCCCAACAGCAGCCCCUCCUUCUUUCGUAUUGGAUGGCGAAACAAUUUUCUUAUGUCCAAACGCGACAGCAAAUACCACAAUCCAUCCAAUCACAACUGCUAUACCAGGUAUGUCAAAAUAAAGGGAUUGCUAAAAGAGUCAUAUCAGUUACGAGGAGACAUGUUUUAUGUUAUGUAAAGAUACCAAUCAAACAAAGGACUCCAUGGUCUCUGGGUGGCCUUUGUAGCAAGCGUUUUCGUGCAGUUUAGGUGCAAAGAACGAGGAACGGGAGAGUUCCUCGGUCUUUCUUUGCUCCGAAACCAAACGGAAACGCUUGCUAGGCAGGCUAGUCUCUGGGUAUCGGAUGAAACACCUCUUUUUAAGUGCUUGAUAUUAAACAAUUAUUCGCUGAAGCUUAUGUGAUAUCCGAAAUAGUAAAGGUCGAGGUAAGUGUUAGCCGAGGUUGAUAACACCUACGGAGACCUUGGUUAUUCCGGAUAUCUCAAAAACCGAGUGUAAUAAUUGUGUUAUUAUACACUGGGUUUAAGAAAAUAACGACAAACACGCCGUAUAGAACGGAACACAGUUUGUCAUUGCUCUCGGAAAUCAUUCAUUGCGCGCGCAACCUACAGAUUAGUCAGUUUUCUGCUAGCAGAUAACUAACUAAUCUGUAGAUUGCGCUGAUUUCCAAAAAUUAACUGAAGGCUCUAAGGCAUUGAGAAGACAGAUAGUGAGUGCGAUCUAUAAUAAAGUCUCUUAAGGCCUAGUUCAGACGCCUUACUUUUCAUGUGCCGAACCUAACUGAAUAAGUUCGACUUUGGAGUGACACUGGCGCGACAUCUGAUUCAGACGGCGUAACGUGUGUCGAACCUAACUAAAACUGCCGUUCCAAAUUGAUUCAGACGCCGCUCUUUUGCCGUACUUAAUUCAUCAGUUAGGUUCGGCACAUGAGUGGAGCGGCGUCUGAACCGGGCCUAAGUGAUCCAUCAUAUAAUUGUUGAAGAAAAUAGUAAUUAGUGGCCGAUCAGUAAACUUGCUUUUGUGUUUUUUCUAGUGAUCGAGACCUUUACAGUCAACACUCCAACAGCGUGGAUAGUUCUGAAGUCGGAACUGGAUUACGAGCACACAAGAAGCUAUUCUUUGACUUUAAGGAUUACAGAUAUAGGAAAGGCAACACAACCGUCAGGAAAUGUCACAGUCAAGGUGACGUUUUUAUUUUUUUUUUUUAUAUUGAACUUUACUGUGCUUCAAGAAGACGUAAGUAACGAUAAACCGGAGUGAUAGCGUGUAUUUUACGGAUGUUUGGAAACUGAAAUUAAAGACGGGGUGGAAAUUAGGAGAACAAGGGGCACUUUCCAUUUAACCAAAAAAUCCGGUUUGAAUUUUAGGCAACUUCCAGUAGCGAAUGCAAUUUCGAAAAAAGAGGACAACCUCGCGAUUUAUACCUAACUUCCAGGAAGUUUUUCUCCAUUCAACUUUGGUCCCGGAAUUUCUGGAAUUUUCUGUUGAAUGAUCCUCAUUUCAGAGAAUUCAACAGUUUCCGGAAUUUCUGGAAACUUUUCAGGAAAAUUUCUGUACCAUUUGCCGCUGUUUCCAAAUUUUUGGAAGUUUUGGUUGAAUGGAAAGCGCCCAAGAGCUCUUGAUAGGCAAUUCCCAAUGGCAUUUCAUGACAUAUAAUACAUCGUUAAAUCCAUUUUCUUAAUUGAAGAACCUACUUAAUCAAGCUAUAGCUUGGUAAAAGUUUUGAAGCUCUUUAAUCCUUCUCACACAAUAGAAAUUGUAACCAUUCUCUUAUUUAGUUUUACUACCUUCGUUCACUGUGUUCUUUUCCGUCUUCGUACUUCUUCUUCUAUAGAUAUUUGUUUUGGACUAUAAUGACCACUGCCCAGUUCUACCAAAUGUGGACUACGACUUAAAGCCAAUACCACCGCUCCAGGAGGCUGCCUUCUUUGUUGCGGUAGCAACUGAUGGAGAUAGUGGGAUAAACGGAAAGAUUACUUAUAAGCGAAGUCAUAUAUUGAAAGCCAUGUAAGUAACAAUUGCAAGGUUUUUCUUAUAAUUUUUUGUGGUCAUUUCGAGUGUUUCCUCUUUUUGAGAAAGUUAAAUGGAACUGACAGCAAUUCUUUAGUAAAAAAAACCUCUGUUAUACAUGUUCGGAAACAAUGAAGACACAGCAUCGAAGCACUCUUUGGGUUAGUUCAAUAGAAGAAAUUCUUCUAAAUAUUAAGUUAAAUCAAGGCGUUAUUCUAUAGAUUCGUUUUGCUCUGAGAUCGGUGAAAUGUUUGCGCCGAGAGAAAGUCGUCAACUUAAGCGAAAUUCAAAUUGAUACCAUCUAGGAGCUAAGUAUUCAUUACUGAUGGUAAGAUCCCUCUCUAUUGUUUCGUAGUCCUCGAAUUGAAGCCACUAAGUACGCGAUAAGGAAUGGAACGGAGUUUAUUUGGAGCAAUAAAACUAUUGAGUGGACAUACCAGUACUUCGUAUUUGCAGUGGACGGAGGGACGCCGAAACGAGGGGACAGAAUACCACUGACAAUCUCUUUCAACGCUACUUGCCAAGAAUCAGGAGGAAUUUUCGUAAAUGAGACAAGCGGAGAAGUGUUUUUUAGAGCGCCAGGCUUGACAGUGUCGGAGUAUCGUAAGUUGUUAGACAUAAGUUAUGGUUGUUAUUUCCUCACAGUUUGUUGUCGGCAAUAUUGCCCCGGAAGAUUGGGCGUGCUAUUUAUUUACUAUACAUAAAUGUGUGAAGCUAUGUUCACCAGUUAGAUAGUUCGGAUAAGAAAAAACAAAGACAUUUCAUACAGCGACAAAAUUGUCAUUUACCUCGUUGCUUGAUGAUAAAAUUUCUACUUGAUCAUGACUCGAACCAAUUAAUUCUUUAAAAAAUUCAUUUUGGUGAACUGUUUAAAAAAUGGUACCAAUGUUUUGCCAUUGCAGCCAGAAAUUCGACCACGAAACCUAAGUGUCGACGCUGUAGGACUGGGUACUACUGUGUAGGAGACGGAACUGAGGAAAAAUGCGGAGUGACGUCACCAACAGAGUUCUCGUUUGGAGGAGCACAAAACUGCAGCGCAUGUCCAGAAGGAUGGGUAAGAUUUGACGGCAUCUUAUACCUACGGACUUUAAAGGUAGAAAACCGAGACGCAGCUUACGUAUCGUCUCUUGCCUGAAUUUCUAAUCUAACAGCGUUCAAUUGCCUUGAUGAAAGCACUUAACUGUUACUUUGGAAAUCUCUGUUAAGAAAAUUGGCCAUUUGCACGAUCGGGUCAUUUUACUACUACAGCCGGAAUCCAUGUCGUUUUUCCUCUCGUGUAUAUAAUUAGAAAUCCCAACUUGCACAAGGAAGCAGAUUCUGGUCGUAUUAUUAAUAAUAAAAAGUCAUCAUCGGGAAAGUGGCCCUUAUAAGAGUAUUAUAGGCGUUGAUGUGAUAAUGCUACCAUUUUCUAUUUCAGCUUUGUCACAAUGGCACUGCCUUACCAUGUCCACCCAACACGCACGUGAAAUGUAACGCAACGGUGAGUUAAUCAUCAAUGAUAAUGUCAAAUUCAUUUAAUGAUCUUUCAAACGACGUUACACUUGUGGCUUGUGUUCGCAAGUAGUUAACUGCAAAUGAUUUAACGAAUUUGACGAUUUGCUUCGUAUGUCAGUGGUGCCCAGAAAGGUGUUUUCCCUGUGAGCCUGGGACUGUCUGUCGAGAAGGAAGACAGUAUGAGUGUCUACCGGGAACAUACAGUGAUGGAACUGGUGAGCAAUAACACAUAAACUCUAUUGGGUUUCCAUUUUGCGGGUAUUAAGUUUGCUCAGAGCAUCAAAUUCUCUUAUUCAUUCACAAACAAAUGUAGGGUAAUUCGCCAGGAAAUUUAGCAGUUAAUCAGAAGUGUCUUUUUCCUUCGAUAUCAGCCUUGCUAUUGGCUGAAAAUUAUUAGAAUUUUUAAAUAAUCGUAAUAAGUCUUGCACAGACAAAUACGUAACUUACAUCCCCUAUAAAAUUCUGCAGCUCAUAUAAGUGCAUUUUUUGUGCCUUUUUUAAUCACCUAACAAGCUAACGUUAUUUUUCUUUUAGGUUUUCCUUGUAAAAUAUGCCCACCAGGAAGUUAUAACAACGUAUCUAGGGCUGAAACUUGCUACUGUUGCAGACCAGGUUACAGUAGUACUUACAUGAAGACAUCAUGUCGGGCAUGUCCUGCCAAUGAGUACGCUGACCAGGGAUCUUUUCCCAACUGCACUCUUUGUCGGACGUGCUUCACUAAAGCGUCAUGUAGGUAGCAACAAAUAUAUAUUAACUUCUUCUUAAGUUUCUAGUUAAUGUGUCUGAUCGAAAAAUAUUGACUACUACGUCAACAACAAUCAGCCGUAGAGGAAUACUGUUCAGGCUGGGUCAGCAGAACGUCUAAAACUGCACUCUAGGAGCCACUGUUGCAGGUUUUACCCGUUUCAGCUCAAACUUUGCAAUAUGGUAGAACUUUGUAUUCCAAACAAUCUUAUGCUCUUUUGUUCUUCGAUUUCAAAGGCUUUUGGCGGAAAAUGACAUCACAAGAUUGACAGCAAAAUUUCAAAUUUCAACUAAUUAUGUAACAAAAAGAGAAAUUUUUAAAGAGAACCCUGGGAACGAGGUUUCACCGUAGAAUCAAAUGUGAAAAAAAUUCCUAAAACUCCAAAAUUAGAGCAGACCUUGGAAGAAUCGUGGAAGGCGAUGUUUUCUGUUUUCAUUUAAGACAAAAAGAGUCCAUUUUGCCAUGUUCUGUUCACUUUAAGUUUAUAGAUAACGUAAAAAUGUGUUAAAAACACUCGCCUUUGACUUCAUCUGUUCCUUAUAACUGAACAGACCCACCCAAGGCAAUCAAAUUUGUUAUAGUGACAACUUUUCCUAAGCUACUCAUGGCACAAUACAUACGUAACUCAUUAGGAAACGGAACGUUUUAAAUACUCCCUAUUAAACAAUUUUUCCUUUUCAUCUUUUUCAACAACAAAAAACAGGUCCUUGUAUGGCAGAUCCUUGCUUUCAUUCAGUUGAAUGCCACAAUGUUGGCAACGGAUCUUUUGAGUGUGAAUCUUGUCCUGAAGGCUUUAUAGGAGACGGCCAAACAUGUACAGAUGUCAAUGAGGUACUUACUACUAUGAAUGUGAUUAAUGUAACCUACGCCGAGGUAUGGUGAACUGGUUGGUCGGUACAAAGCACUUUUGAUUUACGUGCAAAAUAUUUCGGAAAUUCAGGUUCAGGAACUAAAGCAUACAGUGAAAUCUGUAUUAUACGAAGUUCCCAUAAUAAGCUGACACCAAGUAAAGAUCGGGCGAAAACGUCAGUAAGUCCUAAAUUUUUUCACUUAUUUUCUGCAAAUUUAACCAACUGCCUCGCUUAAGUGGAAGGUGGGUGCCUGGGAUACCCAGGGGCUUCCACUGUGGCCAGCCAGCCCCUAGAUAGAAAAACUGCCCCCAUGGCUGGCAAAUCCCCGCAACCCAGCCAUGAGCCCCCAUUCCAAGCCGAAGGGACUCUCCGAGCUGACGCAGCCAGAUCGGAGAGGGAAAGAGGGGCUCAGGGCUGGGGGAAGCCCUGGCCCCGAACUACCCAAGUCCCGAGGCACCCUACAAGGACAACUAGGAAAAGAGAAAGAUACGCAAGAAAAUACCUGUCAAGUGAGAAGGCUUGCUACCCCCACGAUAGUACUGACGGGAGUGUGAAUAUAGAUCUGAUACGCAUCGCUGGACCAUCUGCCAAGUGUCUUGAUGAGGUGAUCUGGUAAGCCACGAGAGGCUGCUGAAGUAGCAGCGCCAAUGCGGAAGCUAUGACCGGUGUAGCAACCAGUGACCCCAGCAGCGGAGAAGAUAGACUGAAUACUGGAUGUCAGCCAUUGGCGAUGUAGAGGGGUGCCAUCAGAGAGAAGGAAGAGUGGGCCAGGAGUUGAGCCACGGACGUGUAGAUACUGGGUAAGGGCGCGCACAGGGCAGAGAUCACGUUUACCAGCACCAAUGUAAAUAUGGCAACCUUGGCGAAAGGGGUCCGUCUUAGAGCACUUAAUAUGAAUCCUGAAGCUGCUAGGAUUGACUAGGGAAUCUGCUUGGACAUCACUGACAGCAAGGUGGAUGUCAGGAUUGAAGGGAGAGUUGACAGUAAACUCACCAGCACGUAAGAAACCAAAAAACCCGAGACAGCAGGCAGCCCAAAGCAUUGUAUGGUUGUAGUCAGAGAAGUUCAAGGACUGGAAGAUAAUGUGCAUCAGCUCGAUUGUGAUGGGUUGGCGCUGACGCUUAUUUGAGCCUUGGUGACGUUUGAUGCCCCGCAACACCCGCUGUAACCGAAGGCAACCAACCAGCGGAGAAGGAUGACCCUCCUCAAUGUGAAGGGACCGAAUUGCUGAAAGGUAAACCUUUAUGGAUGAAUGGUGAAGAGUAUCAGCAAGAUGACAGCAGAAACGGAUGAGCACGUCUUCACUGGCUGGAAGAGCUGAUCCCGAAGGAGAUAGGCUAUUGUCCUGAGCACAGAAAUCCAAGAAGCGGCGUUGGGCAGAAGCAUAGACUUUCCUAGUGGAGGGGGCAAGACCCUGAGUCAAAUAGAAGUGGUAUUUAUCUGACAGCGAAGAUCCAAGUCCGAGAGGAGCUGCUGUGGAAUCUGGGUUGGAAUGGAGUCUGCAAGAGGAGCUAGCCGGCGAAAACGCUGAAACUGAAAGCGAGACAGGGAGUCAGCAAUGGGGUUAGACUUCCCUCUAACUGGGGAGGCAGUGAAGGAGAAGGAGUGACGAGCUGCCAACAGGGACAGAUAGCGAACCAAGGACAUGAUGGUAGGGGCUCUUGAAGUGCCAGACCGCAAAAUGUCCACCACUGAGCGGUUAUCUGAUAGGAAGUUGACCCGUUUGGAGGCCCACUGGGGGCCCCAGAGGUAAGCUGCCACGACGAUAGGGAAAAGUUCCCUGUACUCGAUAGACUGAGAGACCUGUGAUGGGAGCCAUGCACCUGAAAACCAGUGACCCUGGAAGACUGCUCCAUAACCAAGAGCCCCAGAGGCAUCUGAAGAAACCUCGAAGUCAGGAAUUGGAGCCCACUGGGGGUACUGAAGAAAGCUGCAACCAUUCCAAGACUGGAAAAACUCUUGCCACCAGGCUAGGUCAAGAAAGAACUCUUGAUUGAGACGAAUCGGUGGUCAUCGCGUCGAAAGGCACAUAGUAGGUUAAUCAUUCGGCGCAAGAAUGAGCGACCUUGGGGUACGACUUUGCAGGCAUGCUGAAGGUGACCUAUUAGGGACUCCAGAUCCUUGCGUUUACACCAACGCUUUUGUGACCAAUCUUCCAACAAGGCAGUUAUCCUAUCAAAUUUGUCCUGAGGAAGGCGUGCCAGCAGAUUAAGAGAGUCCAGUUCAAUGCCCAGGAUGGUUAGGCACGUCGACGGCCCUUCUAGUUUGUCUGGAUGGAGGGGGAUGCCAAGCUUAGAAAAACAGACAAUUGACCUGUCCAGAUUAUGUUGACAAACAGAGGAGCCGGGAGGGCCAAGAGUGUGGAAGUCAUCAAGGUAAUGCAUCAGGAAGGUGACAUCGUAGUUUUGCUUGGCCACCCACUCCACUAAGUCUGCUAUACAUGUGAAGAUAUAUGGAGCUGACCUGACACCAAAAGGCAGGACCAUAUCAACAUAAAAGGCACCACGCCAUUUCAUACCCAGCAACUGGCGAUCUUCUGUAUGGACUGGCACAAUACGGUAUGCAUUUUGCACGUCAAAUUUCGCCAUGAGGGAACCCCGCCCCAGCUGCAUUAUGCCUGCAAUAAUGUCAUCUACCUUCAUGUACUGCAGAGAAUAAUCCUCGCCCGCAAUUCCGUCGUUGACACUGUGCCCCGCAGGGCUAGACAGGUCCAGGAUAAGACGCCAUUUGCCAGGUUGGUGGCGUUUGGGGAUGACGCCGAAACGACUCACGUGGAGGACAGGGAGGGGAGGCUGGGAGAAGGGGCCCGCCACCCUGCCUGACUGAACUUCCGACUGCAAGUAAUUGUCAAUGACCUGAGGGUUCAGGAGUGCUGAAGCCAUAUUCCCUGUUGCCGACUUCAGGGAAGUACUGUAAUUGAAACCUAGGUGAAAACCAUCGCGAAGGCCUUGGACCACAUAUGCAACUUUGUCUGGGUUAGGAUGAUGACAGAGUUCAUGCUGGAAUCUAUCCACAUUGAUGGGAGUAAGCUGAGAAACUGGUCUUAAAGGACAAACAGCUGGAGAACACAACGAAGAACUGGAACUCGGCAGACCCUGCUGCUGAGAAGGUAACACAAAAGGAGAACGCAACUCUAACGCUGAAAAAUUACCAUGAGAACCAACGUGAACAGGAACAAAACUAUUUACAGUUGAAUUGGCUAGAGGUUGCCUAGCGACGGCGGAGACCCCCCUUUGACUGAGAAGGGGAGCGGGACCGUUCUCUCCGCGCGGACCGGUGAGGGCAGUGGAUGCGGGGGUGGUCCCCGUGGCACGAUUCACAGGAGUGACGAAACCGACAGCGACCAAAGGGCCAGCGACAGCGCCCGUCGUUCCAGGAGUGGCAAUACUGGCUAGACCGGGGAUUGCCUGAAGACCCAAGAGGCUCUGAUAGUGACGAGGCAGAGGAAGUUGAGGAGCCUGAAGCAGUUGAGGUGGUCACUGGAGAUCUGGUGUGAAAGUUGUAGAGGUCUGGGUGCAUGCGAGACCAGUCGGUUGAACCUGAGGCUGCGGCUUCUUUUCGGAAGGCGAUGUCGUAGUGGAGCCACGAUUUGUCAGAAAAGCGCCUUGCUGUCUGGAUGAUGAGUAACUUGUACUGAUUUAAAUCUUUCCAGCGAGAGGGAAGGUGUGGCAAAGAAUCAUAGAAAAGAUUGUGAAGGCUUCAAUCCAGGUGAUGAUGUCUGCUAUUUCAAUGACCCGUUUCUUCGACCCUGAUACCACCAGUUUUCCCUCCAAAAACGCUUGGGGUUCGAUUUCUUGAGCUCUGAUGUUGUCCGGAAGGAGGUCAGCCAAGUCUACAAAAAGCCCUGCGGUAAUUUUAGAAACAAGCUUAAAGGGGACUGGAGCAUAGCCAGGGCCCACCACAAAUGCUUUAUUGAGGUUUGGAAGCGUAGAGGACUCGGUUCCGGUCGCGCCACCACAAGAGCCCCAACCACUACAGGCAAGUUGGCGGAGGACGUGGCGGGAAGAGAGGAGACUACCGAAGGACCGCCAGAUGAGCUGUACGUUGAAAUAAAUGAGGGCACAACAAGCGUACCUAAAGACUGGGAGGUAGAGCCAGGGUACUGGAGCUAGAGGAUGCCGGAGACUGCGUAGAAGUCGAAGUCGAGGAGAGAGGAACAGACGCCGCGGCCGUGUUCGAGUUCCCGCCACUGGAAUCUCGAAGGGAAGAUAGCAGCGGAGGGAGCGAUUCCGCGAGAGCUCUUGAAAUUGCCUGGGCUAGCGCGUUGGUGUCCGGCAGGGAAACAGGUUGACUUGGCGGAGAAGCCGAGGUGUUAACUGUAGGAGCUGGGGUAGAACCGCUAGAAGAAGGCGAAGACGCGGUAACCGGGGAAGACAUCGUUGACAGGCUGUUGUUCGUGGUACGCAUCCUGAACGAACGUGACGACCCGCACGCUUUGAAAAAUAAAUGAAAGAAAAAAAGGAUACAAGAAAAAGCACACUGUAAGACUGACGCUCCAAAGAUCGCUAAAAAUGGCGAAGACGCUAAAUGAACCGCUCCACAGACCACUGCACAAACGCUCGAUGAACAACUCGCAGAUCCUAGCCAUGUACAAAGCUACCACACACCAUGUGAGCCUGCACUUAUGGGAUUGACCGCUGGAUGCCCGCUACGCUCGUGGGCCGCUUGACCGCUAAAAGCUUGUAGACCGCUUGACCGCUAAAGCUUGUGGACCGCUAGACCGCUUAACUUGUGGACCGCUCAACUGCUAAGCUUGUGAACCGCUUGACCGCUAUGCUUGUGAAUUGCUUGACCGCUACGCUUGUGAACCGCUUGACCGCUAAGCUCGUGGUGGUUAACUUAGUUAAAUUACAUUUAACCAAAUUGAACCAAUACUAAUUAAGCGGACAAUAAAUAGGGACCAGUGAGCUUAGUUUCAAAUACAGGCUUUACUGCAGCAUGCAGUCCAGCUCCGAUAAGGUAUCUUAGAUAACUCUUUGUGUUUUAGUAUCGAAGUUGGCUCACUAACAUGCCAACCGACGAAAAAAACCGACAACAAAACAAACAACCAGUUUAUAAACAAGUUAAGAUUCAACCUAAAACUGCCAUCAUGUUCACUUUUGCAACAAUGUGCGGCAAUACGUGGCAUUUGCGCAUAAAUACUAGUUCACUUAGCAGAAAAAGUAACCUACAUGUUCACUACUUAUUGAUGAUAGUUUUUGUUCUUUAGUGCACUUUGGCAAACCCAUGUUAUGAUCCCGGUGAAUGUGUGAAUCUGUCUCCCGGAUAUCGCUGUGGAGGGUGUCCGACCGGUUACCGUGGUAACGCUCCUUCAGGCGUGGGCUUGAAGCAUGCACAGAAGUACAAACAAAAGUGUGAGGAAAUCGAUGAAUGCGCUGAGCAUAUCGACACUUGUGAUCCAAAUUCAAACUGCAUUAACACGCCGGUAAGUGUCUAACGACAUCACCCUCGACAAGUCUAUUAGCCUCAACUAAAUUAUUUAAUGCAUGACCCAAAUUCACUCCGAGCUAUCUCAAUUGCUUUCGAAUGUGCAAACAUUAAAACUACUUACACUAGCAAAAAGGAUAACCUCUAGGAUGGAAAGUUAAUAAUUAUCCGAAGAAAUCCGACUUAUAAUGCGGUGAGGUAUCCUAGAAUAUUAAUGAACACUGUAGCGUCACAAGUGUAUCAAGAUCACUUAUUUAGAUGGUGGGCGGGGAGCUUCUCCCCAUACGUUCUCUUAAAUGAAAUCCAAAUAAUGUUUUCACAACUUGCUAAAGCGAUCAUCAGGAGCCUUGCUUGCGGAUUUGUUUACUGAUUUUGCGCAUUACCUGAAAAACCAAAGAUCAAUGGUUUUGAGAAAGAACGGCGGGACUGUUUGUCACUAUUAUGUUUUGAUAGAUCAAAAAUCUAGUCAGGUCAAGUAAGAAACAUUGUAGACAGCCUUUGUCAACUUUUGAAUGUCAGCUGAAAGUAUUCAUAGUGCUCCUCCAGUCUGACUCUCUACCGAUGUUUCCGUUGCGAUAGGGAAGUUACAAAUGCAGCCCUUGUAAACCAGGUUUCAUUGGAGAUGGGUAUCUGGGAUGUUACCCUGGUGACCUGUGCACUACUGCACAGCACACCUGCCAAGUCAAUGCACAGUGUUCCUCAACAGGAGCGGGAAGAUACAAAUGCACGGUAAGAAAAUUCAAUUAAUCGUUACUGUUACUCUAGAUCAUCGCCAUCUCAUCAUAAGAUUAUACAGAACAAAGUUCUAUAGUGAAAUGUUUUCAGUCACCCAUUUCAGAUCGUCGAUUUGCGAUCCUCUUAAGAUUCGCUACUCAUCUUCUUGAGGCGAUAGGUAAACAGUUUUGAAAAGAAAGGAGCUAACUAAAGAGUGACUCAGAGUGACUCCAUCAGUGCUUAACUCUUUGUUUGACUUGUAACAUAUUUUUAUAUGUUACUUUCCUUAACUUUAAUCCAACUAUUGUUUUUCUUGUAUUUAUAGGACAUUAAUAUUAUUUUAUUUUCACUUCACUUGACAAUAACGUUCGGUAACGUCGAAACGUCGUGUAUUUUUAACUUUUUUAAAACUUCUUAAAUGUUUUAAGAAACGCUUUUUUCGCAAAUUUUUAUAGCUAAAUGUUUUAAAAAGUCGCUUCUUUUUAAAGCUAAUUAAAAGCCACUAAUUUUUAACCUACCUUGCAUCAUCUUAAUUAUUAGACUUGCUCAGUCAGAAUUUUUGUUUUUGGUAAUUUUGAUUGUUUAUCUCAACGACUAAAUUAGUAUCAGGCCCCGGUUGUUCAAACGUUGGAUAGCGCUAUCAACCGGAUAAAUCACUAUCCAGCGGAUAGCGUAAUUGAUUUCAGAAAUACUUAUCCACUGGAUAGUGAUUUAUCCGGUGGAUAGCGCUAUCCAACGUUUGAACAACCGGGGCUAGAUUGUUUACUUGUAGUAUAUUGCUAUGACAUUUCUAUCCUUUCUCAUGGUUCCGCAACAUAGUGUAGGGAUGGAUAUGCAGGUGAUGGAGAGGAAUGUGAAUUAGAUCCCGACUUGGAUAACAUUCCUGUCAAAGGACUGAGCUGUACCCUUCCGAACUGUAGAAAGGUUUGUUCAAUCUCUCAUUGAUAAGGGAUCAACCUUCUUCAACACAGUCUACCCCAUCUCCCGCAAACUUUCGAAAGCUAGGCGCAAAUUGUUAGAUAUUAUACCUUGUAAAAGUAAUCUUACGCAGAGACGACGUCAUAAGAACAAAAUGAUUCUAUAAAUUUAAAUCUGAAGAACUUUUAAAGUUGUUAUUCCUACAUAUUUAACCCUUUGCAUGCAGAUAAUGUUUAGCGGAACGUAAAAAGAGGUUUUGCACAAUUCUAGUAAAGGGCUUGCAGUGUUAUGUUCUCUCAGAGUCCUUCAGGUAUUCUCCGACUCGUCUUUGAAUAUUCAUUUACUUAAUUUGUCGAUAAGCAUAAUCGCUUGACUGUUUCUUCCUUGUGUAAAGUACUUGACUAACCAUGCGAUAAUUUCUGGUAUUUCCUGGCUUGCAGGAUAACUGCCCGGGUGUACCUAACACGGGUCAGGAAGAUAAUGAUCAUGACACAGAUGGAGAUGCUUGUGAUGAAGAUGAUGAUAACGAUUUGAUUCCUGAUAAGCAGGUCUGUUACAUGUGAAUAAGGGACCGUUAGACCUCAAAAGGCGGUAUAACCAAAAAACCUUCCCCGUUAUCUCCUCUUCACAUUAAGUUGGCCUACUUGACUUUUUUGAAUCAAACAAACGGUAAAGGAGUGUCUAACUUUAAGUUCUGCGAAAUGAAUCUUAAAGUAAAAUCAUGACGGACACUCGUGAUCACAAAACAAAAAACUAGCUUGGAGUGCCGUAUAAGGUUGAUAAGCUGAAAGAGCUAACGUCUGGUGGUUUAUAAUUGGGUAAUAAUAGAGAGAUUUUGAGUGACGUUUACGGCAAACGUAAAUAUACACCACGUGACCUUUUCUUUUUAACUUUUGUUACACUGUUUAUUACUUACCAAAAUUAGUAGUUUCACGUUAGUUUUGUCUUUAACAAUAGUUUUGGACUGUUUUUAGCUGCCUUGAAUCUGACGUUUGCCGUUUGCCGUAAACUUCACCCUAAUCUCUAUAAUAUAUAUCUUCCUCUAGUCUACAUUAUAUAUCCUCCUCGGCUCUGACACAGUUCAGAGUUAAAGACGCAUUUAACUGAUUUUGGGGGAGGCCAAAUUAAAAGUUGUGACUACCAAUCGAGGCUUUAGAAUAACCGCACCAAACAAUCUAAAAUUUAUCGAAAACUCUACAUCAAUUGCGCUGUUACAGGUGGUCCAUAUCAGGAAACCAAGGAUAACUCUUUGGAAAACGUUGGAGGUCAAAAUAAUGUUCACGAACCUUUUUUACUAGGACAACUGCAUAUUUGUGAAGAAUCUGGACCAGAUGGACGGUGACAACGAUGGAGUAGGUGACGCCUGCGAUAACUGUGUGUCUAUAAAAAAUCCUGACCAGACAAAUACUGACGGAGACGGCUUAGGAGAUUUGUGUGAUGAUGAUCAAGAUGGUGAUGGUAAAUUGUUAUUAGGCAAAAGAAACUUAAACCAUAGCUUUAAGCCAGGGGCGUAGCCAACCCAUUGACCUGUAGGCCCGGGCUUACACAUUUUUGGUUUGAUCACUCUACCGCUUGUAAUAAAUUAUGCGUUUUGGGGGUGAGCUAAAGGGCUUAAGAGCUCAAAGAGAUGCUGAGGUCAGUGCGUACUAGUCAUGCGUGCAGUUUUCAGGAUAUGUGGAAAUGAAAGUCAGCGAGGCCUACAACUACUGUAGUCGAAAAUCUGGCUACGCCCCUAUAAGCAUUUAGGUUACCUUCGUCGGCCUGAUCGUAUUCAGAAACAAGAUUCUCGCACAAGUUUUGUUGCAAAUCUCUUGUACCGUGAUUUUUGUACUACGUAAAAGCUAAAUACAUCGGAAUAUUUUAUUUCAAUUGAGCAGUUAACGCCAAAAUACGUCAUUUUUAGUUCCUACGGCAUUUAUUCGUAUUCGGGAAUACGGUCAAUCGAAAACACCCUUAAUGGGCUGGGAUCAGAAAUACGUAUAAGGGAGAAAGAUAUAUAAAGUAAAUAUUAGUUAAGCUGGGGUGCAGGUUUGUGAAAUAGACACCUACUUGUUGCUUCCUUCCCAUAGGAAUAAGAAAUAGCGCUGAUAGAUGUCCCAAGUUAAACGCCACUGGAGACCAAGUUGAUGAUGACGGAGAUGGUGUGGGUAACCUGUGUGACAAUUGUCCUAACAAUGAUAACAGUCUUCAGGUGAGAUAUAUAUUUUCCACAGCAAGAUAUUUGAAGAGCAUGACAAAAGUCACAUUUCAUUACAGUGAACUUUCCUGAUCCCUGCUUAGAGCCCUUAAGAUAACUUCCGUGAAAAGAAUGUACUAUCCAGUUUUUGUAAAAAAUUGUCGCAAUUAAUAGUAGCCUAAGAAAACAGACGACAUUUCGGGACGCCAAAAACGCUUUCCCCACGAAAUGACGUCUGAGAAAGGAGCGCAGAAAUUCCAUACUGAUGACUCGUCACUACCCAGAUCUGGGUGGUAGUGUUUCUGAUUGGUCGUGCCGCGUGUAAAAGUUGCUUCAGCCAAUCAGAACCACCACACAAAUCUGGGUAGUAAAGCGUCAUCAGUAUGGAAUUUCUGUGCUCGUUUCUCAGACGUCAUUUCGAAAAAUGUCGUCUGGUUUCUCAGGCCAAAUUAAUAGUGAUGUACAGAGCAUUGCAAGACUGCAAUAAAAAGAUGGGGCCAUCCUGUUUGUUUUCGCCCUACGUCCCUAUGAUACUAAGUGUUUUUUUUUUCUUGGUUGCGAAAUGAUCGCAAUUUGAACAACCAAAAAUUAUUGUAUAGCAAAAACCAUAAAAGCUACAAAAACCGGAACAUAUCUCAUAAUUCCUGGUGGCUCUAAAUCUUGAGUUCUUAAUGCAGAGUUUCGGCAUCAUUUAUAAUAAGUACCAAUUCUGCUUCAAGUCCCUCUACCAUCCAAAUUUUAUUCUUAAAAGUACAUUUUUUGUGUAACCAAUACGAGUAAGAAACACAAACAAAACAGACGGGUUAUGCAUCAAGUUCGUUUCAUUGAAAGAAGAUGACAAAGCGAUAAUUUCAAAUUGAAAUGAUAAUUUUACGCGAGAGGACUUGGGCAAGUUUGAUAAUUAACACCCUUUUAACCUGAAGAAGUUAUCGUUAUCAUUAUUAAAGUCUUUAAAAAAAUUUUGACUUCAAAAGCCAACUUUUGUUAUCUCUCUUCAGGCGACCGGUGAAAAUCGCUGCAACCUUCAGACCUUAGAUGUUGCAAUGUCAUUUACAGUAGGCGAUGCGCAGUGUAAAAGAGAAAACUCGAAUUUUAUGCCAGCAAACACUUGACAAAACUCAUUAGAAACUGCUUUAAAAUUUAUCAUUGAAAGCUACUGGGUUUUACAACAACAAUGAGAAGAUUUUCCAUCAGUUUCUUGACUUUGAUAAUAUAUAGUUGACUUGGGGGUAGGGCGUAACAACAGAAAUCUCGAGUUUGCCUUUAAAAUGCUAGUGAGAAAUUAAAAAAGGCUAUAUCCUCGGUUAUGUUAGUGGAACUUUGUUUUAAAAGCGGUAGGUGGAGUUAUAGCAGUCACAGCGAACUAUUUACAUUUAUUUGAUUGGCUCAACAAAGUACAUUGUGAGUUCAUAUGUCAAUCACUUUUUCAGACGGACAGAGAUGAAAACGGUUUUGGUGAUCAAUGUGACGGACCAGGGAAAGAUAAGUAAGUGAUACUUAUUUAAAGUAGUUGCAGCUUAAUAAAUGGGUUUCAUGACUAUACUGCCUUAGUCUCUUUCGUUGCUCGAGAAAUUCUUCGCAACUAAAAUUCUUCUUCCGCUGCAACCAAUCCAUACGGCAAUUGGUUUCCCUGAGACUUAUCCGCUGGAAAGGGAUUUAUCCGGUGGAUAGCGCUGUCCCCUAUUUUUGAACUAUAGAAGCCUGGCCCGGGUUACAUAAAACCUUCUUAAGAUAAGAGGGCUCUUAACUUUUGUUCUGGAACAGUAAUGUGUUGUUUUUAAAUCAUAGUUACUAGUUCCCUUAAUCUUUAGAUGUUUUUUUGCAACCCGACCCUGGUUCCAUUUGAUUUGAGCUAACUCUUAAUUCAGUAUUACGACUCCAGUAAGUAUUCCGUGUUUUUUCAGCAAGCAGAGAGACACGAUAUUAAGGGAUUUAUUCCUCUUUGUUAUUGUUUCAAGGGACGGUGACGGAGUCCUUGACGAAUUUGACAGCUGCCCUGAUUUGCCAAAUGGUGACCAAGCAGAUGCUGAUGGAGACAAAAAAGGUAAAAAACAAUAAUAAAAUAGAGAGAGAUUGAGAAACACGUUUACGGCAAAAGUGAAUUUGUACCACGCGACCACGUUUUCCCUUUACUUGUCUUAAACUGUUUUUUAUUUCCACAAAAAAUUAUUAGUUUCACAUUAUUUUCAUCCACAAGAAUUGUUUUCAUAAAAAAUAAAUUGGAGAAACAUAAACGUGUUAAAACCAAGGAGACAAUGUUCCCACGUUUCGGCGACGUCAUGACGUCAUUAUCAAGAAAUGGAAAUAAAUGCGAGUUCAAGAGGAGUUAAAGUACUCUAACUUUGCAUGAAUAAACGAAAUACUUUACAUCAAACAAUUAAGACCGCCUUUGAACGUUCAAACGUAUUCAAUCCGAGCUAAAGUCUUUGUCUAACUGUGUUCAUUCAUGCAAAUUUGGAGUACUUUAACUCUUCUUAAACACGCAUUUAUUCAGUCCAUUCCUUGAUAAUGGCGUCAUAAUGUCACCGAAACGUCGGAACAUUAUUCCGUUAGUUUUUACUCGUUUAAGAAUUGUUUUGGACUGUUUUUAUCAGCUCAUUUUCUAUUUUGAGCAAAUUCUUUACCUGAAUCUGCCGUUUACCGUUUGCCAUUUGCCGUAACCGUUAUUCACUCUAAUUCUCUCUAAAUAUCAUAUACAUUUUCUAUCUGAUCGCUUUACUCUCCAUUUACGUCACACUUUGCAUUCGUUAUUAGGUGACGCCUGUGAUGACGACCAGGAUAACGAUGGGAUAACCAACAUUUGGGAUAAUUGCCCUAUGAUCAGCAACCCACAUCAGGAGCAUAACAAACUUUCAUAUGACGUCAAAGGUGAAAAAUAAUUAAUUUCAAUGAAAAUAUUAAGGGAAAAUGUAGAAGUAUAAUGGGCAGGCGUUUUUCCAGAUUUUACGAGUUUUUGUUGUUUUGUUUGCUUUUUUUCUUUUUUCUUCUUAUGUGUGGAUCUAUAAUUAAGAAAUCCACUAAUGACCUAAGUCAGAGUAAAAUCACUAAUUUUUUUUUCAGCUAAUCCAGUUGGUGACGCAUGCAUAGAUGACUAUGAUGGGGACAAAGUCCCGGAUGUCGACGACGAAUGUCCUCAUGUGAAGCAUAUCAGUAAAACAAAUUUCCGCGAUUAUUUUACAAUAGACUUGUUUCCAGGACACCCUGAACCAAGCCCAGAAUGGAGAGUAGCGAAGAUGGUAACAAUUUUCAAACUUAUGAGUGUUUUACUAUUAAGAUUCCGACAAAGGCAAGCUUGCAUUAUACGCUCUUACUUAAUUUUGUGUACGUUUUCCGCGCUUUUUCGUAACUUUUUUUUUUUUGCACUCGUAUUUUCCACCUAUGUUGUUCUGAACGCAUUUCCUGUGCAAUUUACUGAAAGACGUUUUAUGCCUGUGCCGAUUUUAUUCAGUGAAAGCUUCCCUAAGCGGACAUCUUCGGGACGCGAAAAUGGUGUCCGUAACUAGAGCUGGCCGCUUACGAGAAAUCAAUGCAAAAAUACAGAGUUUGUAUGGGAGUCGAGAAAAACGGGGUUUUGUGAAGAUGUCCGUAAGUAGAGCUGGCCGCUUAUGAGAGUCAGUACUGCUCACAUUUUGCCCCGGUUCGCGCACUUGUCAGGAACUGACUGUAUCAUAUGCAGAACUUGCAUAUUGAAGUAGCCACUAAUAACUUCCUCUGAUAUCAGUUUUAUUGGUUUCAUCUUUAUAGGGAGUUGAUGUCGAACACGUGUCCAACACAAAUCAUCCAGGAAUGCUUAUUGGUAAGUGAAACAGCAAAUCAUGAUUUAAGCCUCAUCCUCACGGCAAAUUUUUUCGUUAAAGUAUACCUACUCACAGUAAAUAUAGUCACAGCUUUUUAAGAUUUUAAAUUUGCCCUUGUACAAGUCGUUUGUUAAAAGAUACCAGCCUCUAAAUUAAGGCUGUGUUCACACUAUAUCGGCUAGCUUUUCGUGCUGACUCGAAAAGCUAUACGUUAUAGUGAGAACAUCCAUCCGAUAGGUGACUCUCCACUUAAGAGUUCGGCGCAGCGCAGCUUCGUGCCGCUACAGAAAUCGCGCCGAAAUCACCGUUCUUACGUGUGAACAGAAUCCCUAUCCAGUAUGGCUACGUGCCGGCGCAAAAGCUUUCCGGGACAGUUUGAACAUCUAUCCCAUAUGUGACUCUUCACUUUAGAGAUGAUCGACGCAGCGCAGCUUCGUGCCGUUACAGAAAUCGAGCUGAAAUAAUCGUUCUUACGUGUGAACAGAAUCCCUAUCCAGUAUGGCUACGUGCCGGCGCAAAAGCUUUCCGGGACAGUUUGAACAUCUAUCCCAUAUGUGACUCUUCACUUUAGAGAUGAUCGGCGCAGCGCAGCUUCGUGUUGCUACAGAAAUCGAGCCGAAAUAAUCGUUCUUACGUGUGAACAGAAUCCCUAUCCAGUAUGGCUACCUGCCGGCGCAAAAGCUUUCCGGGACAGUUUGAACAUCUAUCCCAUAUGUGACUCUUCACUUUAGAGAUGAUCGACGCAGCGCAGCUUCGUGCCGUUACAGAAAUCGAGCUGAAAUAAUCGUUCUUACGUGUGAACAGAAUCCCUAUCCAGUAUGGCUACGUGCCGGCGCAAAAGCUUUCCGGGACAGUUUGAACAUCUAUCCCAUAUGUGACUCUUCACUUUAGAGAUGAUCGGCGCAGCGCAGCUUCGUGUUGCUACAGAAAUCGAGCCGAAAUAAUCGUUCUUACGUGUGAACAGAAUCCCUAUCCAGUAUGGCUACGUGCCGGCGCAAAAGCUUUCCGGGACAGUUUGAACAUCUAUCCCAUAUGUGACUCUUCACUUUAGAGAUGAUCGGCGCAGCGCAGCUUCGUGUUGCUACAGAAAUCGCGCCGAAAUCACCGUUCUUACGUGUGAACAGAAUCCCUAUCCAGUAUGGCUACGUGCCGGCGCAAAAGCUUUCCGGGACAGUUUGAACAUCUAUCCCAUAUGUGACUCUUCACUUUAGAGAUGAUCGGCGCAGCGCAGCUUCGUGCCGCUACAGAAAUCGCGCCGAAAUCAUCUUUCUUACGUGUGAACAGAAGCGCUAUCCAGUAUGGCUACGUGCCGGCGCAAAAACUAUCCGGUAUAAUGUGAACAUAUCCUAAGUCUGGUGUAUUAACCACAGAGCAGGUUGUCUUGAUUUUAUAAUUGAUUUCAGAGGCUUAAUUUUAACUUUAAAAUUGCUGGUAUUUUGGUCGUUAAAAACACAAACUGAUUGUAAUUUGUUAGAGAUCUCUCUUUCUGUAGGAUCUACGCGCUACGGACCAGUGGAUUAUAGCGGCACAAUUUAUGUAAAAGACAUGGAAGGGUCGGAUUAUUUGGGUGUGGUGUUUGGGUACCAAUCAAACCGUAAGUUCUACGUUGUUAUGUGGAGGAGAGAGAACAUAAACUUUGCAAAAGAAGACAUCAAUGCUGGAAUCAAAGGACUACAGUUGAAGGUGAGAGACACGUUCAAAAAUCUUUUUAUUGCCGGUUAAUCAACUUAAUGCUGGAGCUAAUCAUACGUUUUGGAACUACAAAAAAAGCGGUUUCUUAUUUCCCUUUUCCUUCUCUAGAUUUAUUUCAAGGUGUGAGUAAAAGAAAAUCUUCUAGAUCGAUAUAGGAGACUUUUUUGUGAGUUUAUUAUGGGGCUUCCUCAACAAUUGAUGAUGGCUUAGAUAAGCUGUGUUUCUGUAAGUCCCUAGAUUCCACAUGGCGUGGGACAGUCUGGAAUAAGCUUUUUGUAGGGCGAAACAAAAAUGAGGAGAAUAACAAAGCCUGAUUCUCUGAUUUAAGUCCAAAGCAUUUCAACCGGCUCAAAUAUCACCGUACAAUACACUGACAUUAUACCCUGGAAGCUCCUCGAACCAAAUGCAUAUGAUUAUCUUUGGCACGGGGUUAUCUCCACAUACAAAAGUUUCAGAUAAUAAUUUUGUUGCUUCCCUUUAGUAAAAUUGCUAAGCUCUAUGAUUUCGAAUUGCCGACAAAACCUUACGCCGCUUUCUUGGCCAGUCAGUGGUAAAACCAGAACUAAUCUUGACUUGCUUAGUCACUCGCCUUUUCCCGCUCUCAUUGAUGCUUUGCCUUCUCCUUGACUACUGAAACUAGCCGAAAAUUUUGCUUUGGCUAAAUGUCAUUUUCGAGUGGUCUAAGGUCUGGCUGUAGACGGGUUUAGAUGGUUUUACCUAGUGCGGAAUAGUGGCCUUUAUAGGAAUCUGAUUUACCUCGCCGUGAAAUUCGUCACUAUUAACUUUAACUUUAAAGAAUAAUUGUUAAUUAGUCAAAAUUUCCGCACACACCUUAAACCCACAAUAUAGUUCAUGGAUAAUAGAAAGACACCUAUUAUCCAUGAUAGUUCUUAAACCCCUUGAGUACUUAUUCUGAUCAAAAUAAUUGUCGGUAGGUUGUUCAAUCAACCAAUGGACCAGGGCCCAGUUUAGCAAAAGCUUUAUGGCACUCUGGAGACACCAGUGGUGAGGUAGGUGAACUGAAAACCUUUUAUCAUCCUCAUUAUUUAUUUGCCUCUUUGAAAUGCAGUUGAGCCUCCACGUGCGACCAUCUUCCAUUAGCGACCACUUCUCAUAAGCGACCACCUAUCCAAAACACCAAGAUCGCGACCACUUUUUCUUGACGGUUUUAUAGUUUUCCACUGUUUUAACCUCCUUUAAGCAACCAUUUGACGCAUGAUGUGGUGUUUUUGUUCGCAAGAACGCCGCUCAGAGAAUACGAAGAACUAAAAGUGAAAACACGGAGCUACACGUAUACUUAAUUUAGAAAUUGCAGUGGAGACCCCCUGUGGUUCGAUUGUCGUAAGCGACCACUAAAUCUUCGCAUUUUUGUUGGUCGCUUGCAGGAGGCUGUACAUUUAAAAAAUUGCUUUACCUAUUAAUAGACAAGGAUGAAUUUACAGGUCACUUUGUUAUGGGAUGAUCCAAACAUGAAAGGCUGGAAACAUCAGACUCCUUACGGCUUCCAUGUGACGCAUAGACCAUCCAUUGGACUUAUAAGGUGAGAAUAAGUAUUGCUGUCUUUUGAUUUAUCUUUUUUUCGCUGGUAUGCAUUCCACUGAGUGAGUUGAAUCGCCUAAUCUCAUUGGUUGCCAAGAGGUGGAACAGACAUUGCUACUGUUUCAAAUAGGACACAUGCAUUCUUAUUUAACAUGAAAAAGAACGCCUUCAGCAAUUUUCUAAGGUGGGUGCCCGGACUCCCGUUUAAGAUGUAUUGUGUUGUAAUUUAUCGUUCUUAUCUGCCACGGAAUGAUUAAGCUGCUUAUCAAUUAAAAUAAAAAUGAUGUCCUAUCUCAAGUACAGACUGAUAACUGAGAAAAGAGGCGUGAGCUAAUUGUCUGUUCGUGACCUAUUUUAUACCAUUGCGUCCACCCAUCGUCGGCUACUUAAUCAGUUCACUCUUUAACAAAUUUAUUGCAGCUUGAAACAGUAAAAUAUCAAAAAAGAGGCAAACAUUUUCAACAUAUAUUACGAUGUUAAGAAUCCCAACUCGUAAGUGUCAAAAGAUUUGUUAAUUUACAUGCGCGGCAGAGGAGUUGAACUGACAGAGUUUCCCUGAAACAAACCCAUCAGUCAAUGUGGUACUCGACUCCAGGAUCACCGCAUUGUGAGUCCAAAGCUCUGACAACGUUGAAUAUUGGUUAUCUUUUACGAACACUUUUUGUUGUCUUUAGGGUUAAAAUAAAACAGGGAGAGAGGAUUCUAACUGACUCUGGAAACAUUUACAACACGUUACUGACCGGUGGGAGACUGGGAAUGUUUGUUUAUGGUCAGCAUGACGUCAUUUGGUCAAGACUUGAAGCCCGCUGUUCUGACAGGUAUAAUACUCCAUAGUUAAUAAAGUGGCACUGUUAUGAAGCCCGGCAGACGUCUUUGUUAUAUGUUUUUGUUAGCUUUUUUAGACUUGACAGUGCGCAAUGUUCAGUAGGAUUCCUAUAAUAUUGAACUAAGUCAACUUAGGGCCUGUUUACAUGGAGGUGGGGGAUCCCCGGUAGGUGAGGUAACCCGUGGCGAGUCACCCCACCUAUCACGUAAAUGUGAUCAAAUUAAAAUGAGAGAUUAAGUGGACAGACGGGUCACCCCACCUAAGCGAGUUACCUAACUACCUGGGGUCCCCCACCUCCAUGUAAGCAGGCCCUUACUGACCAAUAGAAACAUCGCUUUAAUUAUUCAGUCAAAAAACAAAGGAUUGUGCUCAGUCAGGAAGCUUCCAACAUAAACUGCAGCCCCAUUGUUUUCAUCUUUGAUGUUUGCCGGCUUUCAUAACCAGUCUCCUCUACUGACUAUGAAUACUCCUAGCCCUUGUUUUUCUUGUCCACAUUUUAGUUUCCUUUUUCGCUGUGUACAACUUUCGUAAACUCUGAAAAAAAAACUAAGGAUAUACAGUAAACGCCUGAUAUAACAACAUAGUGGAUUGAGAACAUCCUGGCAGAAAUUUGUCACUUUAAUACCCAAAAAUACGACAGCCUGUUUAGCCAAGCAAGAUCAAGCAGGUUCUUAUAUGUGGGUUAUAGUUAAAAUUAUGUUAAACAUUUUACCCAAUAGGAUUGGCUUUUUAGACUUUAUUCUACAAGAAAAUACUGAACCAAACUGUGUUGACAAAUAAAACUGUUACUGACUGUAAUUCCUACAACAAAAACAGUUUGACUUUAAUUGUGUUCAUGGACCUUGCAUACAAGAGGUUUGCAAUGUACAGUUGUGAAUAUAUACUGUAUAUUUAAGGACCAAGCUCAAAUUUCCUUAUUUUUCUGGUAGUCAACAAUUAUAAUUGUCUCCUUCAUAGAUAUUAAGAACCUAUUUUAAAAGAACCUAAUUAGCCUAAAUUGUCAAUCAUAUAAGUACCCCAAAAUAUAAUUUGCCAGACUCCGAAAAACGUAGGUUCUUAUACGCGGGCGUUUACUGUAAUCGUGGCCUAUGAAUACAAACGUCCGUUGGUGACGUUUCGAAGGAUAGACUCUGUCCUACGAAACGUUCCUAGCGACAAAGCUAGAGAUACGGCUUUAUUUGCAGGCUGGAAUAAUCUUGAAACAACAAGUUAUAAAGUUGCAAGAAUCUCUGACUCUGACUCUCUAACAAUUUUUUACAACAGGGCGUCCAUGAAUCUGCGCUUGGUUUCUUAAUAAAAUAUGUUUGAUAAACUUGACUUAGCCUAUCCAUAAUAGAUUUGUAAGGAAGUAGAGUAGCUUUGUUAUGGGUGGGAAUCAGCGCGACCAUUACUGCGUUCGUACAACCUUUACUAGGAAGGAAAGGGAUUUGAAAACAAUUCUUACCGGGCGAUAAAUUGAUUUUGCCGGUUUUAUUUCCUUUUUCAGUUGCAAGUGUUGUUCUUUUUUUAGAGUAAAUCAAGCCCUGUUGUUUGAUGGUGAAGAUGAUCACGUGACAUUACCGUCAAUUCAUAGUUUAGGUUUGACAGACAGGUACAUAAAUCGUGCGUUGCCAUUUAAUCUGGAACGUUUUGCCAUUUUUCAUCCACAUUUUUUUCACCUAGUAACUAAUGUCUUUUCAAUGCACCUAUUGUGACUUGCAGCUUUACUAUAAGUGCGUGGGUACUCAUGGCAGCGGACUACCCCAUGACAGUCAUGCCCAUAGUCUGUAGUGAUGAAGGAACAUUAUGUUUUUACCUCAAUGACAGGUUGGUGAUUGGUAACCGAGCUAAGACUGAGCUAAAAAACUUUCACCGUAGAACGAUCCUAACGUCAAACAAUUUACACCGGGUCCAUGAUACCCAUAUUUUUAUAAGUUGUUGUUAAGAAGAGGAAAUCACUUUUCAGAACAAAAAUCAGCACUCCUCAACAAGUAGACAACGACAGAACCCUCAGCGUAAAAUCAAACAAUUUAAAUAUCGUCGAUUUGGCACAAGAUUUCAACUGCCGUGUGAUAAGAGCAUGAAAAUGAGGACGUAUAUUUCGGUCUCAACCUGUUAUGUUUGUUUCCUCUUUCAGUGCCUUUAUUUAUUAUUCAUUCAUUUAUUUAUUUACAGACGCGUUCAUGGAAACUUAGGAACAUCCACAGUGGAAGGAAGUGAAGUUAUAGAGCCUGAGGAAUGGCAUCAUCUUGUCUUCAGAUUUGAUGCACAAAGUAAAUGAAUGAAGUGCUUUUUACUCACACGAAUUGUUUUUGUUUACGCGGUUCUGUAUACUAGCUUGAUAUUCAAAUAUCGAGUAAUGUUUUAAAAGUCCAGUUGCUGCCUCCUCCUCCUCAGGCGUUUGGUCGCGAAUAAAGGCGAGCGAGAAGCGCGAGCGAGAAGCGCGAGCGACUGGUGCGAAGCGCAAGGGACCGCGGGAAGGAGAAAGAAGAGAGGCGCCUGCUUUCUCCGUUCCGCCUUCCUUUUUGCGCAAAUUUACUUCGGUUGAGAGACGUCUGGGUACGAGCUAGGUUCAGUGGCUAACUGGAGUAUGUCAUUGGCCUAUUUUCAUGCGUUAAUGGCUUCUUUAGGCUCAGCUACAAGAAGGAAAGUUAUACACCUGUAGUCAAAUUAACAGAACGGUCGGGGGAGAAGUGAAUGGUCCAUGUUUAGACUGUUUAACACUCGUUGUUUCCUUUGUAUCAUUCCUACCCUACGGGUACCAGAGGUUUUUUUCUCGCUUGCGGCAGGAAGCUCCGGUGUCGGCCGCCGACGCUAGGAGCGGCGACGCUAUGAAGACUUCACCGAAAAGGCUCUGGCACCCAGGGUUUAUCAUUCGUAAUUUGUUCCGUGACUUGCGAAGUAAUGGUUUUUUCUUCAUUGAUUUAUAGGACAUGAAAUCGAGGUCUUUGUGAAUGGAUCAUCAGUUGGAAAAAAGACCGAAACCAGGCCUUACGUUUGGGUAAAGAGUUUUUCAACUUUGCUGUAGUUUCCGAUCAGUGAUUAUUCCUCUUAGUUUUUAUCUCUUUACCUGUUUCUUUUUUUUUCUUUUUUUUUUUCAGACCCCAGCUGUCAAGAUUUUUGUGGGCCGUGAUCAAAAACACUUUUUUAAUGGGACGAUAGAUGACGUAAGUAAUAACUUCUUCAGAAUAAAAUUUCACGGUUUCUGUAUCAUUUUGAAGUUGCAAGGUUAGAAAUAUCUUUUGGGUGUCAACUCCAUUUAGGUAACACCAGUGUUUCAUAUACUUGAUUUCUCUUCAAGUUGCUCGCCACAAAGUUCUACCUUAUAUCUAUUUUGAUAAAUCGAUAGCUGACUUUGUGGGGAGUACGAGUUCCUGAUGAUGAAAUUAAAAACUAUAUGAAGCUGGCGGGGCUAACAUGGCCUAUUCACAAGGGUCUGGUGCGAGCACACUUUAACAUGGAGGACACUUCCGGUUCAGUUAUAUUAGACCAAGCAGGGAAUAAUUUCCAUGGCAACCUCGUAGGAAGGCCUCUCUUCGUUCCGGUAAGAAACUGUAUAUUUUUGUGAAGAGCUGUUAAAUAACUACCCUUGCUUCUCUUACGAGUGAUAUUUCCAGUCUCGCCCUUAUCGAUGUCUUGUAGUUAAUUUUUAUUACCUAAAAGACAAGACUGUGAUUCACCUAUAAACCCAUUAAAAACCUGCAAGUCAGAAACAGGUUCUAAACAGGUUCCUAAGGUACGGUGAAACAGGCAAAAACGUGCAAUUUGUUUAAAUUUGCAACAUUGCUGCCGGAAAAGGAGUUGAAUAGCGAUGUUGCGUAAGCUGUCUUGCAACAACUCAAGUUGUUGCGAUUGUUGCAGGUUUUGAAAAUUUGUUUCAGAAAGUAGCGAGUGGUUCUACUUUUUCCGACAAAAUCUGUACAUGUUGCGCGUUUUACUGGCCCAAGGCAAACUUGUUUUGCAGCAAGUCUCGUGUAUGGCGUGACACCCGCGUAAUUUUAUUAAAUCAGAACUCAGAAGUCAGUAUUCACGCAACUUGCAAAAACCUGACCUGUGGCAAGACAGGUUUGAUUCGUGGGUGAUAAAACUGGCAAAACAAAGUUGCGCGUCCCCUUUGUUGCCCGUUUUACCGUAGUUUGAAAAGCAGGCACCACACGACUCAAAGAUUCCUCGACAUCUUUAAGAGCCCACACAACCCCGAUAUUACUCAAUGUACAUGAUUGACUAUUCCCCUUGUGUUUUUUUUUUUCAGAGCACAGUAGAUAAGAACCGUUUUGUUAUCACAUACCCAAGCAACCGUCGAAGAAGAAGCGUCAAAACGAAUCAGUCCCUUUUUAGUGCCUGGAUCAACAGACAUACUGAACUUUAAACCGCCGUUACCUUAUUGUUAUUUGUUUAUAAUAAAGUG